GCGACCCGAGAGGAGUGGCUGCGACCCCGGGGGUUCCGACUCGUAAGUUGCCGGCGGCCCAAUCACAACAAGCGUGUGUUGUUGACCCGCUGGACCCGCGGCAGGUGGCCGCCGCAUUCCGGAGACAUGGCGAGCAGCGCGUCCACCACCACCACCAUCAGCAGCAUCGCUGUGCAGUCGGGCAACACACGGCUGGUGAUAGCCCUCCUGCAGUCUGGAGAUGUCCUGGAGCUGCGCAUCCAAGAGUUGUCACCGGAGAUGAGCGACGUGGGAAGCAACCAUGAAGAAGCACUCCACCUGCAGCAGCAGCACCAGCAGGUCCUACAGAAGCUACAGAACAAGCAGAGUCCCGUCGAAGAGCUGCUGAGCCAAGCGGAUGAGUUGAUUGCGAACCAAAAGCCCAAAGCACAGGUGUACUCAGCUAUGGCACACAACCUUGGUCUGGCUUGGAAGAACCUGAAUGCACAGUUGGAGCACCGAAGUAUCGUGCUGGACACUGCAGUUCAAUACCAUGCCGCUGCCAAAAAGCUAUCAGAUGAAUUGGCUAAGGGCGAGCAAGAAUUCUCGGACACCGUGUUGCCGGACCACGUGGCUGCAUGCGAAGCUCGCCUGCAAAAGCUGAAUGAAGCGCGCAAAGCCAUCCUCGAGGCGUCUAAGCGGAGCCUCCAGCCAUUCCAGAACCUGCUGCAGACACUCAAGGAGGUAGCCAACACAGGCGACUCGCGGCCCUUGCAGCCGGCUGCCGCCCUGGCUGCAAUAGCGGCCCUCGAGAGCCAGCACGAAAACCUCCAGGACCAGAGACGCAAGCUAGGACUGCUGUGCGAAGCAAGGAAAGAAGCGCUCGAGAAGCGGCUCAAAGCUUUGCUACUGAACAAGGAACUUGAUGAGGUGGAGCGUCAACUGGAGCACAGCCCCAAAGAUACAGCCUUGGGUGAUUCCCCGGCGAGCAGCGAAAUUCUUCUCCACGAGCACACGACAAGGAUCGCCUCUGCGAACGAGAAAUUGCGAGAUCGAAUGCUCAAACUGCUCAAGUCUGCCAAGCAAAUUCAAGACGCUGAGGUCGAAGCACGUGCCUUCGACUUGAUGGCACGAGUGACAAGCCGUAUUGAACGCGAUGAGGCCCGGAAGAGGGACCUCAAGGAGGCUGUGGAAUUCUUCAACGAAGCUCAAACGGCGCUUAACAAAUUGGACCAGCUCCAAAUUCAAGUUUCCCAAGGUCCCGUUCAAGACUUGGCUGCAGCGACCACGCUUUUGGAUGCGUGCGUCGAGAGACCCCUUUCUCUCGGUCAUGGCAUUCUGACCCGCUUGUCUGUCGGCACCGGCGGCGUUCAAGAGAAGGUCGACGAACUGCAAUGCCGGCACCUGCAAGUGAGGCAGAUGUACGAGCAAAAAGCGGCGGACGUCGUGGAGAGCAGCGAGCGAACGAUUAGCUUCUUGACGCAGUGCAAUAGUCUGUACAAGUGGUGCAUUGAAGUCGUACAGACGUUCCUGGAGCGUAACAGUCGGCUUGAGACUGGAGCGGCAGCGGCUCACGACUUCCUGCAAAGACACCAGAAGAUGCUGAACGAGCUGCAAGCUAGAGAGCCACAGUUGACGAUUUUACUAGCGCAGGACGACUCCAGGUCCAAGGAUCUUCUUCAGCUGUGGCAGCAUCUGCGCAACCUCUUGGAGCAGCGCAUUCGAAUCGCCCAACGAUACCUGAGCUGCUGCAAGCUGUCUACUCAGUUGAUGGAAGAUUUAAAGACUAUAAGCGACGCCGGACCUGAACGCCAAGCUUCAAUCAACGAAAAUUUUAUGCAGUUUGAUCACAACGCAAACAAUUUUCUGCAUGAUGCCCAAAGAAUUCAGGACACGUGCUUAGAUGUCACGAAAGCUUUGCGCCACAUUCAAGAAACACUGGACCAGUGCCAUCAGCUGAAGAACAAUCCUGGCAGCAACACAGAGCAACUGAUCAAGGACGCUCAAAAAACUAUGGAAUCGGCAGUGAAGAUUGAGUCAGAACUGUACCCUGCCAUACCCCGAGAACUGAAUCGUGCAGAAACCAUCGCGCAGUACCUGGGACGACAUCUGGACACGUUGAUGCCUCUUGUCAGGACAAUACAGUCAGAGCUGGAUGCCAGGAUCGAAGCGACGUAUACGCUUCAAAGGAAGGACCACCUUGUCCAACAACUGCGUUCAACUCAGCAGAGCUUUCAGAAAAACAUUUCUCAGUACCAAGACUUGGUCAGGGCCAUGAUAAGCUUUUUCGACUACUUUUCGCAGCUGGAGAAGAAACUUCAAGAAACCCAUGAACACGAAGCUGUACUGGCGGAGGCUAAGCAACGAGCGGAAAUGUUGGCAUUGUUAGUCGACAAAACUGAACCGAGCGAGGCGGCAGUGCUGGACCGCGACAAAAUCCACUCACUGGUGGACAACCAGGGCGCGCUGCUGGCAGCCAGUCUGCGCAAAUCACACCAAGAUUCGCAGAUGAGCAAGUUCAACGAGGAGCUUCAUCUGAUCAAUCAGCAGGUGCGCGAGCUCACCGAUUCACUGAAGCGGGACUCUUCCAAGUGCCAUGUCGUCGAGUUCCAGCAGCGCAUACAGUCCCUGGAACGACGAAUAGAGGUUCUCAGUACGUCCUCUCGUCUGCAGACCGAUAGUGCGCGGAUGGAACUCGAAGAACUCACGUCUCGGUGGAGAAAUUUCCACAAGGAAGCUAUGGCGGUGCCCCCACCACAGCUGCAGCUCAUUGAAAGGAAGGAAGUAAAAGAAGUAUGCGGACCAUCGUUCGUGGUUCCCCUGGAUGACGUGGAAGUUCAAGAAGGUGCAAAGUGCAGCCUCGUAUGCGUACUUGCCGGGCAUCCACCUCCAACGGUUCAGUGGUACAAGGAUGGUGUCUCGAUUCGGGGCAACUCAGACUACGUCACGACAAGCCAGCCACUUGAGGACGGUACAACAGAACAAAAGCUGACCAUAGAAGAAACCCUCGCCGAUGACUCAGCCAAGUUUUGCUGCAAGGCUAUUAACGCUGCGGGUCUGGCCGAAACGUCGUGCCGCCUCAGCGUCCGAGAACAAGCACGCGAAAGCGCCCUGGAAGAAGUGUUCAUCGAAGCCCUGGAAGAACACACUACGCAGACAGCCGGCGGGGUGCUGACGGAGCCAACAUUCGUGCAUCCGCUUCCCGCCAUUGCGCAGUUGCGGCCUGGCGAAGAGUUGCGCCUCGAGUGCACCGUCCAGGGCAGGCCCGAGCCACGCGUCUCUUGGUCCAAGGACCUGCUGCCAGUCCGGGACGCCGCGAAGCCCACCCAGGAGCAAGGAAGAGCACGGCUGGUGCUCGCUGGCGCAACCGAGAACGACUCUGGCACCUACACUGCCGUCGCCAAAAACAAGGCCGGCGAGACUGCCUGCUCCUGCCAAGUGAAAGUGGCCGAGGAUGCCUCGCCGCCGGAGCCUCCACGAGUGCUCAAGGCCUUGGAGGACCUGGAAGUCAAGCCCGGACCGGAUCUCAUCACGCUGGAAUGCGUCAUUGUUGGACGGCCCGAACCAGAGGUGAUCUGGUAUCAUAAUACGCAACCGAUCAAGGAGUCUGAGCGGGUGCGGCUGCUGUUCCGCGGAGACAAGUGCUCUCUUUUGCUCAACGGCAUCAGCACGCAGAACGCCGGCACGUACCGCUGCUCAGCGGUCAACCCUAUGGGCAGCUGUUUCACGGAAUGUAAACUGCGUUUGACGCUCUCCGCUCCCGUUUUUCUGGAGCCUCUCAGAGACGUCACAACGGAUGAAGGGAGCCGUGUGGUGCUCACUGCCAAGUUGUGGGCGCCGGAGCCACCUUUCGUACACUGGUUCAAGGAUGGGAGAGAACUGCUACCCAGCCCAGAUUUUCAGAUCAGCCACGACCCCGAUGGAACAGUCAAGCUGCUCAUCCCCAAGGUGGCAGUGAAUGACAGCGGCCACUACGAAGUGGAGGCCAGCAACCCCGGAGGACGCACGCGCACGGGCUGCAGGAUGCUGGUUCGCGAAGCUCAGAAGGCAGUCCAGGCGGCAACCACCCAGCUUGCUGUAUCGAGAACGUCGAAGCAGACUGUGUCCGUGUCCAAGAGUGGAUCAGAGUUGCGGCUAGCCCGUUCGCUACCCUCCGAGCUGGUGGUACAGAGCGGAACCAAGGUGUGCCUAAGCGUGGCCUGCGCGCAGCCGCCUGGUGGACAGUUAACAGCCUCGUGGUUUCGGUCGGGUCAGCCUAUCACCGACUCGCCAGACUUCCGGCUCACCCGGUCAUUGGAGAACGUGGCCGGAACAUCACUGGCCGUGUUCAGUCUAACCAUCUCCGAGGCCUUUCCUGAGGACUCUGGGGACCUUGAAGUGCGCGUACAAAGUCCUAAUGGCGUCGUGACCGCGAACACUAAGUUAAUUGUGCUUGACGAAGACGACGACGGAACUGACAACGUCCAAAGACGCGACGAGAGCAUCCAGCAAGCGAGCGAGGUGAAAGUGUACGAGACAAAGGUGCCUCGAACGGGACCAGUGGACUCUACCGGCUUGGCUCUGUCAGGUGACCUGCAAAUGCGCGUGACUGAAGUGACACACGUGAACGAGAUGCCCCCGGAAGUGUCAGAGGAGACAACCACCAAAAUAGUGGACCACGCAGGUGCCAAAGACAAAGUCACAGAAGAAGUGACCCGCCGAGUGACCAAGAGAGUCACUGAGAUUACCAAGACUCAAACUAAAGAGGUGAGGGGUCCCUUGGUCUACAAGUGGGAGUUUCGCAAUGCUUUGAUGAAUGGAGCUUUGCAUGGCCGAGACGGGGUCCCGUUUCCGUUGCAGCUGAGCACCAGUCGGGCCAGCCGCGCGGCGGGGCCCUUAAGCCGUGUCGAGCCUAUUCCUGUGGCACCGGAGCCCAAAUUCGACAUCCUGGAGCCCAAGUACGAUGCCCCGCUGCUGAGCAGCAGGCCCAUCCGCGCGCCGCCACCACCACUGGUGCACCCGGAACAGAGCCGCCCGUCGCUGUUCGAGCCGCUGUCGGUGCGCACCAGCUUCUGCCUUGAAACGGGCCAAUUCCAGAGUCCGCGAUCCAUCAUCCGUACCAAGACAGCCAGCCCCGUGUGGAGUCCCAAAAAGAAAGCCGUGGUGAUCGCUGAGAACCCGGCCACGGGUCAGCGCGUGUCGGCACCUGUGUUCCUGCAGGGUCCCGAGGACGUGUUCGCGGUGCCAGGGCAGCCGGCGACGCUUCGUGCGCUCCUCACGGGCUGCCCGGCUCCGCGGCUGCGCUGGUUCAAGGACGGCCUGCCCGUGCACGGGCCCGACCACGUCGUGGGUCAGCCGUCUGGUCCGGCCCCUUGGACCGCCUGGCUCAGCAUCCCCGAAGCGUUUCCCGAGGACUCGGGCGUGUACGUGUGCACGGCGUCCAACCUGGUGGGCAACACGAGCGCCUGCUGCAGGCUCACCGUCUUCGAAACCGGGAUGGUCGUGCAGCCGGCCCACACAUGGGGGCCUCCGAACGCCAGCCCGCCCACGUUCGAGCCAAUAACUCAGGGCGGCGGGCUGCUGUACGAAGGAUCUGAUGCCAAGUUCCAGGUGAAAGUACACGGGAACCCACCUCCCGAGGUGGUGUUCACGCGGCGGGGCAUGCCGCUGCGUGGCGACCCGAGGCGCCAGGUGACCUACGACCCGACGACAGGCAUCUGCUGCCUGCACAUCCGCAACCUGACAGCCGAGGAUGACGGCGACUACAACUGCUCGGCCGUCAACUGUGCGGGCGAGGCCUCGCUUACCCUUACCAUUCGCGCGGCAGCGGCGGCUGUUAUGCGUGGUCAGAUGCAACAUAUGACGACAGUUCAAAAGACGCAAGUAAUCGACUCGAGGACACAUGUGCAAGAUGGCGUUUCGCCAGUUCACUACUUCGCUGGUCACGACCAGGCUUUCAGAGUGGACACAUUCGAGUACCGGCUCUUGCGAGAAGUGGAGUUCCGGCAAUUCCUCAUUGGACACGAGCAGGCACCUCUGCCGGCAGUGCCCGGCGUGCCUAUUUCUGCACCUAUGAUUCAGGCACGGCCACGGAACUCCAAGCUUCUAGAAGGAUCUGAUGCCACAUUCACAGUUAAAAUCGCAUCCAAUCCUCCAGCACAGGUUUAUUGGUUCCGAAACGGCGAGCGCCUGCAAGCAUCACAGAGGGUGAUCAUGGAGCAGCAAGGAUCUACAUACAUUCUCCGCGUCCACAUGGCUCUGCCCGAGGACGCCGGCUACUACACGGUCCUCGCUGUAAAUCAACAAGGCUGCGUUGCCUGCUCUGCGCACUUGGUUAUUGAAUCUAUGCCUAAGGCCGAGGAGACAAGACAGGCCGACUCAUCCAGUUUCGUCAUGACAGAAACAUCCCGAACGCUCAAGCCCAGCUUCACCAAAAUACCACAGGACCAGGAGGUCACCGAAGGCAAGAUGGUGCGCUUCGACUUACGUGUGUCGGGACGGCCGUUCCCAGACAUAUCAUGGCUGCGCAACGGAGUCCCCGUCAACGAUGACGCCACGCACAAGCUGCUUGUCAACGAAGGAGGCCAGCACGCACUUAUGAUUACAGCGGCAUCCCGGGAGGACGCCGGCACGUGGACGUGCAUCGCCAACAACAAGAGCGGCGAGUGCCGCUUCGAAGUACACCUUGUGGUCAUCGAAAAGGAGCAGGUGGUGGCACCCAAGUUCGUCGAGCGCUUUCAGUCACUCAACGUGCGAGAGGGCGAGUCUGUGACGCUGCACUGCCGUGCCGUGGGUACGCCGACACCGCGGAUUACCUGGCAGAAGGAUGGCCGACAAAUCCAUUCGCAGCCGCCGAACCUUAUCAUUGAGACACAAGAAGGAAGCUCAGCCCUGUACCUAAACCGUGCCGCAGCCACAGACUCCGCGUGGUACCAGUGCACUGCGCAAAACCAGGCUGGUUCGACGGCAACAAGGGCGAGACUACAUGUGUUAACGGAACCGAAGAAGCACACUGAACCAUGGUCGCUUCACCUUCCCAAGCCAACCAAAGUUAUAUCGCCCGAGAAGUCGCCACCACGCGAGACCAUCUGGCUGCGUCACGUGGAGCGCGCCUACCAGCCAGUUCGGGGACCGGACGACGAGAGGGCGCCCCAGAAGCCGGCCUUCACUACACACUUGCAGGACCUUGUCUUGCACGAAGGCGAGCGCGGCCACCUCGAUGCUCGGCUGAUCCCCAUCGGGGACGAAACCAUGACCAUUGAGUGGUUUUGUAACGGACGCCCUAUUGAAGCAAGCUCCCGCGUAAUGACGCUUUACCGCUUUGGUUAUGUGGCGUUGACGCUCCUGCACGUGUAUCCUGAGGAUUCUGGAGUAUACGUCUGCCGGGCAACAAACGAAGCCGGAGAGGCUACGACCACGGCCACACUACGAUGCACAGCUCGGCCAGCAAUCGAACGCAAAGCGAUCCAGGAAGAUAGCAUUAGAGCCAUUCAGGAACUGGAAGACGCCGAGAAAUACUCCCGCCAGCUCUCAAUCGACGAGACUGCGACCCUUACAAAACCUGUAUUCAUCAGACCUUUGAGCAACAAAGACAACCUUCCAGAAGGUUCGAAUUGCCACUUCGAAGCCCAGCUGACUCCUGUAAACGAUUCUACUAUGAAGGUGGAAUGGUUCCUUAACGGCCAACCGCUCACCACAGGCUCGCGCAUCAACAGCACUUUCAGCUUUGGCUACGUCUCCCUGAACAUCAUGUCACUCCGUUAUGAGGAUUCCGGAGUGUACAUGUGCAGGGCCACUAACGCCAAGGGAGAGGCUGUGUCUACAGCGACCUUGAAAGUGAAAGCGCAAGGCCUCGUCACUGGAGACCUGGGCAUUCCGGAGCAAGAGGCUUACAUACGAAAGACGCAAGAGCUGGAGGCAUAUCAGAUGGCCCAGCACGCGCCUAAGGAAAUAAUAUUCGAACCUGUUUCCACUAUGAAGCCAAACUUUAAGACAGGUUUAAGGGAUCAGCUGAACGUCAAGGAAAACAGCACAGUGCACUUCGAAGCUCGCCUCGAGCCAACGGGAGACUCGUCGAUGCGUGUUGAAUGGUUCAAAGACGGACGCCCACUAGAAGCUGGCUCUCGAACUACGACUUUCUUCAACUUUGGCUACGUAUCGCUCACAAUUCGCGGAGUGGAGGCCCGCGAUUCUGGUGUGUACACCUGCCAAGCGACCAAUUCCAUCGGUUCAGCCACCACGCAGGGACGUCUGGUCUGCGUGUCUCAAGCAUCAAUUGUGAAAGAAACUCAGCAUCCUGGCGGCCUCCAGAAGAUCCAACAUUUGGAAGAUUCCUCGCACUAUCAACGAUCCGAAUUCGAAGAGGUGUCCAUAACAGAGAAGCCAAAGUUCACGCAACCGCUUCAAGGACCCAACGCUGUGAAGGAAGGUCAGAGCGUCCACUUCGAGACCCGACUGGAGCCGAUGGGUGAUCCCAACAUGAAGGUUGAAUGGUUCCACAAUGGCCGUCCACUGGCUACUGGUCAUCGCUUCAAGACGUACUUCGACUUCGGAUACGUCGCUUUGGACAUUUUGUACACAUUCCCUGAAGACACUGGCACCUUUGAAGUCCGGGCAACCAAUAAACUCGGAACAGAUAUACUGAAGAAGGAGAUAAACGUGCAAGUGAAAGCUGCUGUUGAUACAAGCGCCAUCCACGAAUUGGGGCUUGAGAAAAUCGAGUACCUUGAGGGCUCUGGUGUCGACCACAGCGGCUACCACAUCGAGGAAGUGACGAGGACUAAGCCGUAUUUCAAGGUUCCCCUCAAGGAUCCCAAGGGACCUCUGAAAGAGGGGGAUUCCAUCGUAAUGGAGUGCGCCAUUGAGCCUGUUCAGGACUCGACAAUGAAGGUGGAAUGGUUUUUCAACGGUCGCCCACUCCCAACUGGUCACCGGUUCAUUACAAAGUACGACUUUGGCCGGGCGUUCCUUCAGAUUUUGAACCUGGUUUCGGAAGAUACCGGGCAGUACACUCUACGAGCAACCAAUCAUCUUGGAUCUGCUCAUUCAACCUCAUGCAUCAAAGUUAUCGGCAAGUCUGGUGUAAUCACAGACUCGCAGUACCCGGAAGGCUGGGAAAAGAUCCAGCACCUGGAAGACCACUCUCGCUACACCCGCCAAGAGCACCAGGAAAGCAUCAUCACCCAGAAACCAACUUUCAGCCGACCGCUGCAUAAUGUGGAAACUGUAGAAGGCGCCAACGUGCACCUCGAGUGUCGGCUGCAACCUGUUGGCGAUUCCACCUUGCGGGUUGAGUGGUUCAGAAACAGUGUGCCUAUCAAAGUCGGACAUCGAUUUAGACCUGCGCACGAGUUCGACUACGUCGCCUUGGACAUCCUCAGCUUCUAUCCAGAAGACUCGGGUAUCUAUACGUGCAAGGCUACCAGCUCACUCGGUGAAAGCGUCACGUCUUGCAACGUCAACUGCUUCGCCAAGUCACAGCUCAUUCUGGAGUCCCAGCACCCUGAAGGUCUCCAGAAAAUACAGCAACUUGAAGACCAGUCCCGCUUUCGUCGCGAGAUCAUUGAGGAGACAACGGUGAAGACCAAGCCCUCCUUCACGUCAAAUAUGACAACUCUUAGCCUUCGAGAAGGACAGAAUGCCCACCUGGAGUGCCGACUUGAGCCCGUGAAUGAUGCUGACCUCAGGGUUGAAUGGUUCCACAACGGAGUCUCCCUUCCUAUUGGUCAUCGGUACCGGCCUUUCCAUGACUUCGGCUAUGUCGCACUCAAUAUCCUGUCACUUGUGCCAGAGGAUUCGGGAACUUACACCGUACGCGCUACGAAUUCCCUCGGAAAGGCUGAGCUAUCAACUACAAUUCUUGUCGAAGGAAAGUCAUCCGUUGACACAGACACUCAGCAUCCUGAGGGACUGCAGAAGAUUCAAGCCCUCGAAGGCCACCACUACGAGAGAGACACUGGGGACCUCGACCAGUCUGUUACUACGGCACCCGUUUUUACGUCUGCUCCCAAGUCUAUCGUGGUUCAAGAGGGACAAAAGGCACAUCUAGAGUGCCGCCUGAUUCCGGUGGGAGAUGCCAAGCUCAAGGUUGAGUGGUUCAAGAAUGGCCAGCCAGUUCCGGCGGGCUCCCGUUUUGUUGAGAUGUGCAAUUUUGGCUUCGUGUCCUUGGACAUUCUUAGCACAUAUGCUGAAGACUCUGGCACGUACACUUGCAAAGCAACGAAUCAGUUGGGAGAAGCUGUUGUAUCCGCUCAGCUCAAGUGUCACGCUGAAAAGUCGCUCAUAUUGGACACGCAAAACCAGGAAGCCUAUGAAAAGAUCCAGCAGCUUGAAGACUACGGGCGGCAAAUAAGGCCUGCCGUCGUGGAAGAAAUUACCACGCAAGCACCCGUGUUCACGCAAGCUAUGAAGAACCUUAACCUCAAUGAAAACCAGAGUGCUCACUUUGAGUGCAAGCUUAUACCAGUGGGUGACCCUAAUCUCAAGGUUGAAUGGUUCCACAACGGACUUCCCUUGCAGAAAGCUAAUCGAGUCAACACCAUUCAUGACUUUGGAUUCGUCGCUCUUGACUUGAGUUACGUGAAGGCACAAGACUCAGGCACGUACACUUGCAAGGCAACCAAUUCUCUGGGGUCUGCUGUUUGUUCAGCUACUCUCAACGUCCAAGAUUCGAAAUCUCUGGUGUUUGACACUCACCACCCCGAGGGACUUCAGAAGAUUCGACAGCUGGAAGAACUCGGACGCUACAAGGAAGAAGUAACGCAUGAAGCCCCGUGCCCCGGUCCACCGAUGUUUGUCACACAACUGCAGGGUCCAAGCCGCCUUACAGAAGGUGAAAGCGCCCACUUGGAAUGUCGCAUUGCGCCAUAUCCCGAUUCUACUAUGAAGGUUCAGUGGUUCCACAAUGGCGUCGAGCUGCAGUCUGGGCAUCGCUACCGAACGAUGUAUGACUUCGGUUUCUGCGCCUUGGACAUUCUAUCCGCAAAUGCUGAGCAUUCUGGUGAAUAUGUAGUCCAGGCCACAAAUGAACUUGGUACAGCAAGGUCGACGGCACGCAUUCAUGUUGAUGCCAAGGGAGGUGUCAUCCUCGAAAGCCAACAACCAGACGCCCUGCCAAAAAUAAAGCAGCUGGAAGAAUCAUGCGGAUACAUCAGGCCAACGCAAGAGGAAGUUGUUAUUAAGGAGAAGCCUAACUUUGUCCGUGGCCUCUACAACUUGGAUACUCUCCAUGAAGGCCAGAGCGCUCACCUUGAGGCUACACUUACGCCAAUCAAUGACGCGAACAUGAAGGUCCAGUGGUUCCACAACGGCGUUGAGAUUCCUCUCGGUCACAGAUUCAAGACUGUGUCUGACUUUGGCUACGUGGCCCUAAAUAUCCUGUACGCGUACCCAGAGGAUUCUGGCACAUACAUGUGCAAGGCGACCAACAAACUCGGCGAGGCCGUCACCACUUGUUCCAUCAACGUUCUCGGAAAAUCUGCGAUUGUCACCGAUACGUACCAUGAGAAAGGCCUGGAGAAAAUCAGGCAGCUUGAGGAAUACCAGGCUCCAGAGAAGCCCGAGCAAGUCAUUCAGUUGCAGCGGCCUGUGUUCACAGUACCUCUCAAUUCAGUUGACGGCCUUGUUGAAGGACAGAGUGCUCACAUGGAGUGUAGACUUGAGCCAAUUAAUGACGCCGAUCUUAAAGUCCAGUGGUACCACAACGGGGUUGAAAUCCAGCCAGGACAUCGGUUCAGAACAACGCAUGACUUUGGAUAUGUGGCCCUUGACAUACUGUAUGUGUAUGCUGAAGACAGUGGAACGUAUAUGUGUAAGGCAACCAACUCUCUCGGCGAAGCUGUUACGACAUGCAACCUUCGGGCGCUCCCCAAGCAAAAAAUCUUCUACGAUACUCAUCACCCGGAGGGUCUUGAGAAAAUACGAGAGCUGGAGGCGCAAGUCAAAUACCAGACAGCCGAAAUUCAAGAGAAGCCCGUUUCUAAGCCUGUGUUCAUCACUGAACUGAGGGGAACGCAGGAGAUCUCGGAAGGCGAGAGCGCCCACCUGGAGUGUCGCGUGGAGCCAGCCCACGAUGCCAAGUUGAAGAUUGAGGUUCUUCACAAUGGAAGGCCCUUGACAGCUGCUACCCGAGUUCACAUCACGAGCGACUUCGGUUAUGUGGCAAUAGACGUGAGCAAUGCCAUUCCGGAAGACUCCGGCACUUACACGGUCCGUGCGACUAACGACCUCGGACGAGCUGAAACAACGGCCACGCUGCGUGUCCUGCCGAAAUCCAGCAUCAUCUCCGACACCCACCACCCAGAAGGACUUGCAAAGAUCAGAGAAAUGGAAGACGAGGCUCGCUUCAAGCACGAAGUCAUUCAGGAGCCAGUCACCUUCCAGAGGCCUGUAUUCACGGUUCCUCUACAAAACCUAGAAAACCUCGUCGAAGAUCAGAGGAACGUACACCUGGAAUGCAGGCUGAUUCCUGUCGGAGAUCCUACUCUUAAUGUCCAGUGGUUCUUCAAUGACACUCCACUCAUGGAAGGCACGAGAUUCCAUCCAGUCCAUGACUUUGGCUACGUUGCUCUUGACAUGGACUAUGUGCGCCCAGAAGACACAGGCGUCUAUACUUGCAAAGCCACCAAUUCAUUGGGCCAGGCGGUGACCACGUGUAUGCUCAAAAUUAAACCCAAGGCCUCCAUUCUGCUAGACACCUUGCAACCCCAGGGUUAUGAGAAGAUUCGUGAGCUGGAAGACCUGAAAGGGCAGAAGCCUCCGGAGAAACCUGAUACGGUAUAUGAAAAGCCUGUCUUUACCACCCCCUUGGUUGGCCCUGGUGAAAUCAAUGAGGGACAGCCUGCACGUCUGGAGUGCCGCUGCGUGCCUGUCGGAGAUCCCGACCUCAAGUUCUUCUGGUACGUCAACGGCAUCGAGCUUCCCAAAGGUUCGAGGCUUAUCCCCAACAACGACUUCGGAUUUGUGACACUCGACAUCGUGUCAGGAAUAGCAGAAGAUUCCGGAGUCUAUAUGUGCAAAGCCGUGAAUAAGGCUGGUGAAGCUGUCACCUCAACUUCUCUUCGAGUAAAAGGCCGUGCCGGAGUGCUGCUUGACUCCCACCACCCGGAGGCAUACAGGCAGACACAGAAGUUUGAGUAUGACUCAAGUCGUAUUCCAGAAACCUGGUCAGACGAGAAGCCUAAGGUGGCGCCAGUGUUUGUGCAACACUUGAACAACAUCGAUGGCGCUGUCGAAGGCCACUACCUUCGCAUCGAGGGUCGCAUCGAGCCUACUAACGAUGACAAGCUCAAAGUUAAAUGGUUCAAGAACGGCAAACCUUUGGUCAUGGGUACGAGAAUCAAGCCCACGGACGAUUUUGGCUUAGUUUCCUUGGAUAUAUCGAGCGCAAGACCAGAUGAUUCGGGUAUUUACACCUGCAAGGCCACAAAUGACGUAGGUGAAGCGAUUUCGACGUGCACAAUCAAAGUGGAAGGCCGCGAAAACAUCAUCCUGGCUUCCCAGCAUCCCGACUCGCUGCCCAAGAUUCGCCAGCUUGAAGAGUACGUGCCACCGGAGAAGUACGUGCCUGAGCCGGAGUAUGAAGGGCCUGUAUUCGUCACGCACCUCAACAACCUGGAGAUCCGCGAAGGGGCUACGGCGCAUUUCGAGUGCCGCGUGGAGCCAUCCAAGGACCCCACGCUCAAAGUGGAAUUCCUCAAGAACAACAAGCCAGUUCCUGCCGGUUCCAAAUACAACUUCAACAACGACUUUGGUUUUGUCACUCUGGAUGUGGGCAAUGCAUUCCCUGAGGACUCUGGAAUCUACACGUGCCGAGCUCGCAACUCGAAGGGCGAGGCAGUCACCACCGGGUCUCUCAAAGUACAAGGCAAAAGUGGUGUGCAGUCCGACACUCUCCACCCUAUGGGCGCACAGGGAUUGUCCAAGGUCCAGGAACUAGAGACUUCAUACCUGACUAGAUACCAGGCUCCUGUCGAGGAAGCGGAGAAGGUGUUCCCGCGGCCAGUGUUUGUGGUGCCGCUUGAGCCGAACUUCUCUAUUCAAGAAGGCAGCCCAGUCACCCUCGAAUGCAAGGUGGAACCAGCUACUGACCCGAAACUCAAGGUGGAGUGGUUCCUUAACGGAAAGCCACUCGCGCCAGGAUCCAGAUAUACCGUGACCCACGACUUCGGCUUCGUUGUGCUCGCUCUCACUGACUUCUGGGGACGAGACGCUGGCAUUUACACUUGCCGCGCCAGCAACGAUGCUGGUGAAGCCUUCACUACGACCACCAUUACAUGUCUGUCCCGCAAGGGUGUUCAGGAAGACACGCUGCACCCUGAAGGUCGCAAGGGGCUCGAGUCCAUCCAGCAGCUGGAAGAGUCGCUGACGCGCGUGCCCGAAAUGGUCCAAGAGGAUGCCGCGGGCCAGCCACCCGUAUUCACAUCGCAGUUCGUCAACCUCAAGGACCUCAACGAAGGCGAGAUCGCCCACUUCGAGGCAACACUGACACCAGUCGGCGAUCAGACCAUGCAGGUCGAAUGGUUCUUCCGCGGCAAGCCACUGAAAGCAGGGCACCGCAUCCGGACGGUACACGCGUUCGGCAUGGUGGUGCUCGAGAUCUUGGGCACGGUGCUGGAGGACUCUGGCCGCUACACGUGCCGUGCGACCAACAAGUGGGGCAAAGCCGAAGUCACUGUCGACCUCGAGUGCACGGACAAGACCAAGGGACAGCGGCCGCAAUUUACCACGCAGCUGCAGAACCUCAUGGACCUCAAGGAAGGAAACAGUGCCCACCUGGAAUGCCAUCUGGUGCCCGUUGGCGACCCAGACAUGAAGGUUGAGUGGUACAAGAAUUCACAGCCACUUCGCGACAGCUCACGCAUCAAGACACUGAGCGAUUUUGGCUACGUGGUCAUGGACAUCUCGUUCGUGCACGCCGAAGACUCUGGCGACUACGUUUGCGUGGCCACCAACAAGUACGGCUCUGAUGCGACCAAGUGCACCAUUCAGUGCGCAGGUACCGGAAAAAUAUUCAGGGACUCUCUGCAGCCUCAGUCUCUCGACAGGAUUGCCGAAUUGGAAGGUGCCUCGUCACAAACUAGGACUUCGGCUGUUAUGGAGGCCACCAGGCUUCAGCCACCCAAGUUCCUGUCGCAGCUGAACAGCAUCGUAGGUCUGUCUGAGGGACAGAGUGCCCACUUCGAGUGUCAGCUAGUGCCGGUCAACGACCCUGACCUUACGGUCGAGUGGUACUUCAACGGCCAACUUCUGCGCUCAGGUCACCGUUUCCGGACGUUCCAUGAUUUCGGUAUUGUGAUCCUGGAUAUCCUUUACUGCUACGGUGAGGACUCUGGUGAAUGGGUCUGCAAGGCGACCAACAAGCUUGGCUCAGAUGUGACACGUGCUACCCUUCAGUGCAAGUCCAAGAGCUCUCUGAUCCUGACUCCUCAACUUCCACCUGAAAUGGCAUCGGGAACACAGAGCAUCAUUGCCCUUGAAGAAAGCUUGUACCGCACCUCGGCGGUCGUAGAGCCAGACGGUCCUGCUGAGGCACCUCGCUUCACUGUACCGCUCUCCAACGUCGAAGACCUGAGGGAAGGAGACAAUGCUCACUUGGAAGCUCGUUUGACACCAACAGAUGACCCAGACUUGACCGUGGAAUGGUUCAAGAACAACAUGCCGCUAAUGUCAGGAACGAGAAUCCGCACCAUCAACGACUUCGGCUUCGUGGUGCUCGAGAUGAGUCCCGUGUAUCCAGAAGACUCCGGUGUCUACUCGUGCCGAGCUCGAAACCGCUUCGGAGAGGCUGUCACCAGCUGCACUCUGAAAUGCCAAGGAAAGCGCAGCGUUAUUUUGGAAACACAGCUGCCAGAAUCCAUGACUCCCGGUAUUGACAAGAUUGCCAAGUUUGAGGAAGUUUCCUCCGCCAGGAUUGGUGAAACUUGGACCGACAAAGACGUGUCUCAACCACCCAAGUUCAUCACUACACCACAAGAUCUGACUCUGGCUGAGAACUCCUUGGCUCAUUUCGAGUGCAGGCUGACGCCAGUUGGCGACCCUACACUGAGAGUGGACUGGUACCACAAUGGCAAGCCUCUUGUCACCGGCUCUCGAGUGAAGACAAUCAGUGACUUCGGCUACGUCAUCCUGGAAGUGGCGGGUGUCUACCCACGAGACUCCGGUGUAUACACGUGCAGAGCCGUCAACAAGGUCGGCGAGGCAUCGGUGUCGUGCAAGCUCAACGUCAAGGGCAAGCAGUCCAUUGUCAUGGAACCACAGCUACCUCAGGAGUUCCGUUCUGGCUAUGAGAGCAUUCAGAAGUUGGAAGAAUCUAUGUACCGAACCGAAGAGAAGAUCUUCGAUGACGACAAGAAGGAACCACCAAAGUUUGUUACACAAAUCCAGUCUCUUCUCGACAAGGUGGAAGGUGACAGCGCUCACUUCGAAUGCAAGCUUAUCCCAGUUGGAGAUCCAAAUAUGAAGGUAGAAUGGUUCCUGAACGGACGCCCACUGGUUACUGGCACACGUGUUCAUACGAUCGAUGACUUCGGCUUCGUGGUGCUAGACAUCGACUGGUUGUUCCCUCGAGACUCUGGGGAGUACAUGUGCCGCGCCACGAACCGUUGGGGGUCUGACAUGACCAAGGCGACUCUCAAAAUCAAAGCCAAGAAAGACAUCAUUAUGGACAGCCAGCUGCCGCAGGGAAUGAACGUUGACAAGCUGCGGGACUUGGAAUACCCGACACCUCAAGAAGAAACGGUUCAGGAGCAGGAACCGGUUAAGCCUAGGUUCAUCACUCAGAUACAGCCUCAACAAAACCUCAAUGAAGGUGACUCAGCUCAUUUCGAGUGUCGCUUGGAGCCCAUCAACGAUCCGAAGUUGAGGGUGGAGUGGUACCACAACGGACAACCCUUGAGAUCAGGCCACCGCUUCAAGACCACACACGACUUCGGUUUUGUUGCGUUGGACGUGUUGUAUGUCUACCCCGAGGACUCUGGAACAUAUGUCGCCCGGGCUGUAAACGACGUAGGCGAAGACCAAACCCAGGCAACUCUCAGGUGCACAGCGAAGCCAAAACUGGACUACAGAACCCAACUUCCCAAGGAUAUGAAGGAUGGCGUCAAGAAGAUCGCUGAAAUGGAAGCUUCCUGGCAGCGCACUGAAACCCAGGAAGAGGUAGAAGAGGAACCAAAGGCUCCGAUGUUUAUUAUGAAGCCAGAACCCCAAGUGGUUGUUGAAGGUGAAUGGGCUAAGUUCCAGUGCCGUGUCAUAGGUCACCCCAAGCCAAGACUCAUCUGGGUUUUGAACGGGCACACGGUCAUUUCUGGUUCGAGAUACAAGCUGACGUAUGACGGUAUCUACCACCUGGACAUCCCAAAGAGUAGGCAGUACGACCAAGGAAAAGUAGAAGUUUUCGCGAGAAACUUCUGUGGCGAAGCCUACUGUUUCACGACAUUGGAAGUUCGGCCUAAAUUUGAUGACUACAGAGCCGUUCUCAAGCAUUCUCCAAAGCCGUGGUACGACCAAGACGUCAAGUCUUACCAAAAAUACCGACAUGAGACUGAGCUGCAACGGGUGUUCGAGGAAAAACUCACUCCUGGAGGUACCCGUGUUGACGUAUGGAAGACUGAAGAAGGCCAACAAGGCGAACACCAAAAGAUCAAGAAGAGAAUAGAAGAGGAAGAAAUUGAAAGGAUGAAGCCAAAGGUGGAACGCUUCAAGACGGACUCCAUUUACUACGACGCGCGCACGGGCGAGAAAAAGGUGGAGACUGGCUCCCAGGCACAGUACAUGGCCAAGUACUUCGAGACCGAAGCGGAAAAGCAGCAGCGCGGUGCCAGCGGCAUCGCGCCGGAGUCGGUGGUGCAGGGCCGCGAGGUGCACACGACCACGCAGCGCCAGACACAGAAGGAGCAGCAGGGUGACCUGGAGAUCACCCGCAAGAAGACGCUCACCGAGACGCUCGAGCAGGAACACAAGGGCGUCACCAAGGAGCAGCGCGUGCAGGGACCAGCGCAAGAGUCGAAGCCUCCUGUAUUCACCAAGAAGCUGCAGCCAUGCCGCGUUGAGGAGGGCCACGGAGCCAAGUUCCAGUGCACGUUCACCGGCCAGCCGACGCCGAAGGUCACGUGGUACCGAGAGAACUUCCCCAUAACACCAUCACAGGACUUCCAGAUCGUGACUACUGAUACCACAUCAACGCUCAUCAUUCGCGAAGUUUACGUCGAAGAUUCUGGUGUCUUCUCAGUCAAGGCGGAAAACCGUGGAGGCUCAGCCAAGUCUUCGGCUAACUUGGUUGUUGAAGAGAGGCGAGAGCAACGCAGCGGAGUCGUGCCUCCAAAUUUCACCAGGACUAUCCAGGACGUUUCGUCCAAGGCCGGAAAGUUGGUCCGCCUCGACGCCAAGGUCUCGGGAUCGAAGCCUUUGGAUGUCUAUUGGCUGAAGAAUGGCAAGAAAGUAACGCCCGACGUGUCGCACAAGAUCGUGGAGGAGGACGACCUGUACACUCUGCUCAUUUUGGAGGCCCAGGCGGACUCGGACUCCGGAAGCUACGAGUGUGUCGCCAUCAACUCGGCGGGAGAAGCGCGCUGCCAGGCUCACGUGGUGAUCGAAGGCGCCAAGCCCAAGACGCCGCCCACGAGUCCCAAGGAGGCGCCCGGAGACCAGAAGCCACCCACAGUGACUGAACCGCUCAAGCCCCUGGCCGUCAAGGAAGGCCAGAGUGCUGUCUUCCGUUGCAGGAUACCAGCCGUCCCUGGAGCGCAAGUGAAAUGGUUUCGAGGCGACCAGCAAGUCAAGCAGUCCCGGUACUUCCGCAUGUCCCAAGAGAACAACCUAUUUACGCUCAAGAUCUCUGAAGCGUUCCCCGAAGACGAAGGUGUCUACAAGUGUGUCGCCACAAAUCCGGCGGGCACUGUGUCGACCAGCGCCAACCUUAAAGUUAUCGUGCCUGAGCUAAACGAGGUGCCGCCGACGGUCACCCCUCUGGCCGAUUUGACUGUUCCCGAAGGCUCGCCUGCCCGCUUUGUCACAUCCCUGGGAGGCGUGCCACCACCCAAGGUCAUCUGGGUCCGCGAGGGCCAUAUCAUCAAGCAGUCCCGCGAUUUCCAGAUGAACCAAGACCAAGGCUCGGCGUCUCUGGUCAUCAGGCACACGUAUCCCGAAGACGAAGGCGUCUACGUUUGUCGUGCCACCAACGCCUCGGGCCAAGCCGAGACCUCUGCCCGGCUUACCGUGCAACGUAAGGCCAAAAAGUCGUACACGGAUGAAGAGGUCAUUCCGAUGAAACUACUGCACAUAGUUUGUGGAGGCUACCCGGACCCACAGUCGGCACAGCAGAGGUGGCAGCUCCUGUCACCUGCAGGAAAAACGCCUGAGCAGAAACCGGUGCGCGCCAUGGGUCCCCAGGGGAUGGCCCCGCAGAUCACCAAGCAACCUGAGUCGCGUUCUGCCAAGCCAGGCCACAAGGUGGACUUCAAGGCGACUGCAACUGGUUCACCAGCGCCUGACAUUACGUGGUACAAAGAUGGUAGACCCGUCAGCUCAACCAUCGGAGACAUCGUGGUGAGCACGACACCCGUUUCUCAAGAAGAAGUGACGACCACGCUAACCAUCAGCAACGUGACCGUCGAAGAUGCGGGAAAGUACUCUUGCGUCGCUACCAACUGCUGGGGGCGCGCCGAGAGCAUUCAGGUCACCUUAGAAGUCAAAGGAGGCAAGGAACCACCGCGGUUCAUCGAACAGCUUGAACCUGUGGCGGCAACAGAUGGCUCUCCUGCGAUACUACGCUGUGUCGUAGUCGGCAGCUUGCCAAUACACAUCAAAUGGUUUCAAAACAGACGCGAAGUCAAGGACACGAAAGACUUUCAAAUGCACUACGAUCCCCAAACUGGCCUGGUCUCGCUUACUAUUCCGGAGAUUUACCCGGACGACCAAGGCCUGUACACAUGCCGAGCAUUCAACGAGUACGGCCAAGACGAGACAUCCGCGGCUGUCACUGUGGUCGAUGUGGAAUUCUUCGGAGGAGUAUCGGACGUGUCAGUGCAGCCGCGGUUCGUGCAGCCGCUUCGACCCAUGGCUUACCCCGAGGGAGAGCCUGCGAGGCUAAGCGUGGAAGUUCACGCCGUCCCAAACCCUGAUUUUUCCUGGUUCUUUGAGGGAAAGAUGUUGAAGUCAUCCAGGGAUUUCCUCGUCACGUCAGAAGGCCUCAGGAGUUCUCUUGUCAUUGCCGAAUUAUUCCCCGAAGAUGCUGGGCCUUACGAGUGCAGAGCUCAGAACACUGCGGGCCGAGCAACAACGUCCGCCAAUCUUCGUGUCAUACAAGAACAGUCGCUGCCAACGUCACCGCUGAGCAAAGUGGGACCUUCAGCUGAGCCCUCAGAAAUAAGACCAGAAUCGCCACCCGAGAGCCUUACACAAUUAAAGCCACCUUUCUUCACGAGAAACUUGGUCUCGCAAACUGUUGUUGAAGGGUCGCCAGUGACCUUCGUUGGAGAGGUUACAUCUUUCCCUGAGGUUGUUUCAUUCACUUGGUACCUGAAUGGGAAAGCUAUUAAGUCCUCCAGAGAUUUUCAAAUAUAUAACGAAGGAAACAGGACGACUCUCAUGAUCGCUGAAGUGUUCCCCGAUGAUGCGGGAACUUUCUCGGUGACAGCGGAAAACCCUGUUGGCAUCGCAACUUCUAAGGCGAAGCUGACGGUGGAAGAAGAAUCCGUCGAGGGUGCCGCGGUAGAAGCUCCGAGGUUCUUGACUGAGCUAACGCCAGUGACUGUGAUGGAUGGCGGCGAAGCUAAGCUCUCUGUUUACGUCACGGGAAAGCCGCAGCCACGUGUGACCUGGCUGCACAACGACAGAGAAGUGAAAGAAAACUCAGAUGUCUGGACAACGCAAAGGACCGAUGGAUACUGCGAACUAUUCAUCUCCGAAGCGUUUCCAGAGGAUAUGGGAGAAUACAUCUGCAAGGCGGUGAACAUAGCCGGAACUGCCGUAACACGGACGCACAUCAAUGUGGAAUCGUACGAGUACGUCCCAGACUCUGAAGCCGCGUCGGCAACGUAUGACACUCCCGGGACUGCGCCCACCCACGACCACACUCAGGAGGAAUCGUACGACACGUUGGACACGAUGCCCAGUGUCUCUGAGAUGGACGAGUCCGACAUGGAAAGGAUACCGGAUCUACCCAGGGACGACGGCAGGCCUCCCAGGAUGCCAGGCGACAAGCACAAGCCUCGUAAAUCUCAUCAUAAGCGAAGGAAAAAGACGGCGUCUCGUGGUUCCACAAGUGUGCCGAAGGAAGCCAUUCCCUCGUGUUACGAGCCAGUACAACCCUGGGAGCGCGGGCGAAGGAAAACGUCGGACCCUGGCUCGGCACCUGUGGUGGUUGUACCUUUGGAGGAUGUCAUUGUACCUCUGGGCCAGCCAGCAACAUUGGACUGCAAAGCUGUCGGGAUGCCUAAACCAAAGAUAACCUGGUACCGAAAUGGAGUACCGAUAAAACAUUCCUUCGAGUACCAGCUUUACUAUGACCCCCAGGGUAUAUCGUCUCUUACAAUAGCACACACGGAGCUUGAAGACUUCGCCGAAUAUGUGGUGGAAGCGAAGAACCGCUACGGUAUUGACACCACACGCGCGGAGCUAAUACAGCUCGACCUUAAUUCCAUGAGGCCCAUGCGAAGAAUACAUAGAGCGGAUCAUCGCUUGAGUCUCGACUUUAAGAGCAUGCGGCCGCGCUUCGAAGUGCCCUUGCAGAGCACGUACCACAAGCCUUUGGGAUUUCCCGUGACGCUCGAGUGCACCGUACGCGGACGACCGAAGCCCACCGUUCAGUGGUUUCACAAUGGCGUGUUGAUAGAGCCGAGCUACAUGCCUGUGUACAAGAUAACACUCUUGAGCGACAAGAGCAUGCUGCACAUCAGCGAAAUGAUGCCAGCCACCGAAGGCCUCUAUGUCUGCAAGGCUUCGAACGAAGCCGGCGAGAAGACCACCGAGUGCAUUCUUCGCGCUGGAGAACCUGAGGAACACAAGCCGGAAGAAUUUCACCCACCACAAGAGGAAAAAGCUCACAAGAUUCCUGCAUUUCUUCAGUCUAAACAACCACGCAGGAAGCCGUCCGAGGACGAAUACCAAAGCUUUGAGUCGGAGUCGGAGCUGAGCUUCAAGGAAACAAUCGUUCCACAAAUCCGCAAGCUGUCAAGGCCAAAAGAGACCCCGCCCCCUGAAAAGCCGGAGAAGACGGCGAAAGAAAGUGCCAUUGAAUUCCUCACAACUGUUCUCAAGCCGACGUGGCCGUUCAGUAUGUUUCGUUCCGCUUCGCCGAAGGAGGCACCGAAGGAGGAGGAACAGGCCGAGCUCGAGAGGCCGCCGAGUGCCGAGAGGCCGCCGAGCGUCGACAGGCCUCCGAGGCCGCCCGAACGGGAGCGGUUACCGAGUGCAGAAAGGCCUCCCAGGCCUGACAGGCCACCGAGCACAGAGAGGGCAAGGCCUGACAGGCCACCGAGCACAGAGAGAGCAAGGCCUGACAGGCCACCAAGCACAGAGAGGGCAAGACCAGGACGACCGCCAAGGGCUGAAAUGCAAAGGGUCCCCAGGCCGGGAGAGCCCGCCGAAAGGCCCACCCUCACUGAACCUGUCCAACAAAAGGAGCCUCCGAGGCCGGAGUCUCCCUGGUUUCUUGAACCUGCGGAACCAUACCAAACUGAAAGGCCCCCUGCGGACGAGGUGGAUAGGUUGACUCCAAAGCCUGUGGAACCAUACCAAACUGAAAGGCCCCCUGCCGACGAGAUGGACAGAUUGACUCCAAAAGACGCUGGAAGACCACCAAGUGGGCGAAGGACACCUGAAGCACCAGAAGAAUUCGUCAAGUGGAAGUCGGGACAUCGUAGGACGUCUGAACCUGGAAUGCCUCCCAAGUUCGUUGCUCCGAUGGAGGACGUCGAAGUUCUCGUUGGAUACCCUGCCACGCUCGACUGUCGAGCGGUUGGAGUUCCAAAGCCUAAAAUAACGUGGUACAAACAAGGUCAGCCAAUCAAGUAUUCUCCUGAAUGCAGCCUAUACUACGACACUGAGGGCAACUGCUCCAUCACUAUCCACAGGACAACGCCAGAGGACUUUGGUGACUUUGUCUGCGAAGCGAAGAACAGAUACGGAACAGAGGUUACCGAGGCUGAACUCAUUCAAAUAGAUAUGAAGUCAAUGCUGCCAAUGAGGAAGACCCCAAAGAAGGUUAAUAAGCUGGAUCUAGAGUUUGUGCCGAUGAAACCGAGAUUUGAGCAGCCUUUGCUAAGCGAAGUGCGAGCCCCACUUGGCAUGCCAAUCACUUUGGAAUGCGUGGCGAGAGGACGUCCGCCGCCAGAAGUGCGGUGGUUCCACGAGGAAAAGCCCAUACUUCCGGAUGACACAGAGAACACCCUAUUCAAAGUGACCAUCUUGAAUGACAAAAAUGUCCUGCACAUCUUGGAGGUCAAUGAAACUACACAAGGUCGAUAUGUCUGCAAAGCUACAAAUGAAGCAGGAGAGCGGGUGACUGAGUGCUUCGUGACUAUUGGUGAACCUCAAGAACACAGAGACAAGGAGAAGAUGGAUAAGAUGAGCACUGAGACAUUAUUUUCAACUGAGGACACUGUAUUUUUGAAACCCAUCAGGCAUGAAAAAUUUUUUAUUAAGACAGCUGAUGAAACAAAAAUUCCUGAAGAAGAAUCCUUUCUUGACCUGUUGCCAAGAAGGGCAACUGUUGAAGCAUACACAGAACAAAUUGAAGCCACAAAAAUUUUCAUACAAGAAGAGAUCUCUAUUCAGAAAAAGCUUCUCAAGGAAGAUAUAACUCAGGAGGAGAUCAAAGAGACUAAGCAAGCGAUCAAGGAAUGGCCAGAGCGUGUGGAAGAAGUUCCAGAAUUUUUUAAGAAAGUACUAAAACCAAUACCUCGACAUCAACAAGUAAUUCCAGAAAAAGAUGACAUAAGACCAAUUUCCCCUUUUGAAGAACUACCAAAACCUGUGGAAGCACUUCCGCAUGCUUUGCCAGAUGUAACGCAGGAAAGUGACCAACCCUUAAAACCUCAACCCCCUGUGGACAAAAAGCCUAAAACAAAAGUGCCUUCAACUCAUCCAGAAGGGACUGAAAUGCCAGAGUUUCUGACAAAAACAUUGAAACCAACAGAGAAGUUCCGCAAGAAAGAUAUACCAGAAAAGGCAGAAGAAACAGAAUUUCACAAAUUCACAAAACGAAAAGUGACCAUGCCAGAGCAAAUCGACCAGAGAGAAGUAUACAAUGAAACAGAAGAGGUCGGUGAGAUAAGUGGGCAACCAAAAUUGAAAAAACCAGAUCAAAGACAACAAAAAGAUACACCCAUCACUGAAGAGACAAGUGAAGUGAGUGAUAUUGCAAUUCUGUCAGAGCCAAAGAAAGACAAACCACUCGACCAAAAGCCAGAAGACAAAUUUGAACGCGAAAAAAUAUUGCCUGCAAAAAAAGAAACACGGGAGAAGAUUCCUGCAGAAUCUGUUAAGAUGAUUGAGGAACCUGAUUCAAGGGUACUGCAUCAAGAACCAAUCGGAGCUGAAAAGCAUGAUAAACCAAAAGAGCUCAGACCAGCAGAAUACAAGGCUCCUGAAGUACAUGAAAAGAAACCAAGCGUUAAAGUUUUUCAAGUGCCUAAACCAAGAAUGCCAGGAAGAAAAGAAAUGCUGCAAGAGCUUCCACGUCUGCAAAAAACCAAACAACCUGUACAGCAGACUGAUAUCAUCACUGAAUCCUUUGAAAAACCCAAAGAAACUGAUGGAAUUGAGUACCAAACAGAUGAGGUUAUUGAAGAAACGAUUGAAUUGGCCAAGGCACCUAAGCCAAAGAAGACAAAGCAGAAGAAACCUGAAGAAGAGGAAGUAGUACCAAUUGUAAAAGAAAUGGAUCAAAUGGUAGACCUUGAGUCAAAAUCAUGGCCUAAGGAAGAGAAGCAUAAAAAAGAGCCAUUAGUUCAACAAAUCACUGUCCCUAAAAGGAAGGAAAAACCACGAGAAAUCACCACUGAGGCUGUUGAACAUCCAGAUAUCAUGGAUGUAAAAACUAUCCAGCACACAGAUAUCAUCAGUAAAUCUCUGGAAAGGCCUAAGGAAAUUGCUCAGGUUAAGUAUGAAACAGAGGACAUUCUAAAAGAAACAGGAAAAAUUGAAUUCGUUAAGGUGCCUAAGCCAAAAAAGCCAAAGAAGAAGACACCUGGAGAGGAGAAGGAAGUACCAUUCUUAGAAGAAACUGAACAAAUAGUAGAUGUAAUCUCAAUGGCACGGCUAAAAGGAAAAAUACCUAAGGAAGCACCCGUGGUUGAAGAAAUCACAGAUGUUGAAAAAGAAGAAAUGCCGCAAAAAAUAACGACUGAGGCUGUAGAAAUCCCAGACAUAACUGAUGUUAAGACUGUCCAACCCACAGAUAUCAUUACUGAAUCUCUGGAAAGACCAAAGGAAAUGACUCAGGUUGAAUACAAAACUGAGAAACAUGUUGAGGAAACUCAAACAAUUGAAUUGGCCAAGGUGCCUAAGCUAAAGAAACCAAAGAAGAAGAAGACACCUGGAGAGGAAGAGAGAGUACCAUUUAUAGAAGAGCCUGAGCAAACCGUAGAACUGAAGUCAAAGGCACGGCCACAGGACGAAAAGCCUAAGGAAGUGCCAGUAGUUAAAAAAAUAGCAAUCACAGAAAAAGAGGAAACCCCGAGAAUCACUACUGAGAACUGUCCAGCGCACAGACUAUUCGUCACUGAAUCUUUGGAAAGACCGAAGGAAAUUGCUCAGGUUGAGUACAAAACAGAGGAAGGUGUCGAAGAAACUGAAACAAUCGAAUUGGCCAAGGUACCAAAGCCAAAGAAGCCAAAGAAGAAGAAGAAACCUGAAGAGGAAGAAGAAGCGCCAAUUGUUGAAGAUGCAGAGCAGACAGUAGAUCUUGAGUCAAAAGCACGGCCUAUGGAAGAAAAGCCUAAGGAAGCACCCGUGGUUGAAGAGAUAAUAAUUCUUGAGAAAGAAGAAAAACCUAGAGAAAUCACUACUGAGGCUACGGAAAUUCCAGAUAUUACUGAUGUCAAGACUGUCAAGCGCACAGACAUUGUCGCUGAAUCUUUGGAAAGACCGAAGGAAAUUGCUCAGGUUGAGUACAAAACAGAGGAAGUUGUCGAAGAAACUGAAACAAUCGAAUUGGCCAAGGUACCAAAGCCAAAGAAGCCAAAGAAGAAAAAGAAACCUGGAGAGGAAGAAGAAGUACCAGUUGUUGAAGAGACAGAGCAGACAGUAGAUCUCGAGUCGAAAGCACGGCCUAAGGAAGAAAAGCCUAAGGAAGCGCCCGCGGCUGAAGAGAUUAUAAUCGUUGAGUACAAAACAGAGGAGGUUGUUGAAGAAUCUGAAACAAUCGAAUUGGCCAAGGUACCAAAGCCAAAAAAGCCAAAGAAGAAGAAGAAACCUGAAGAGGAAGAAGAAGCGCAAAUUGUUGAAGAUGCAGAGCAGACAAGGAAAAAGCCUAGAGAAAUCACUACUGAGGCUACGGAAAUUCCAGAUAUUACUGAUGUCAAGACUGUCAAGCGCACAGACAUUGUCGCUGAAUCUUUGGAAAGACCGAAGGAAAUUACUCAGGUUGAGUACAAAACAGAGGAGGUUGUUGAAGAAACCGAAAAAGUCGAAUUGGCUAAGGUACCAAAGCCAAAGAAGCCAAAGAAGAAGAAGAAACCUGAAGAGGAAGAAGAAGUGUCAAUUUUUGAAGAGACAGAGCAGACAGUAGAUGUCGAAUCAAAAGCACGGCCUAAGGAAGAAAAGCCUAAGGAAGCGCCCGUUGCUGAAGAGAUUAUAAUCCUGGAGAAAGAAGAAAAACCCCGGGAAAUCACUACUGAGGCUACCGAAAUUCCGGAUAUCACUGAUGUCAAAACUGUCCAGCGCACAGACAUUGUCACUGAAUCUUUGGAAAGACCGAAGGAAAUUGCUCAGGUUGAGUACAAAACAGAGGCAGUUGUUGAAGAAACUGAAACAAUCGAAUUGGCUAAGGUACCAAAGCCAAAGAAGCCAAAGAAGAAGAAGAAACCUGAAGAGGAAGAAGUGCCAAUUGUUGAAGAAACAGAGCAGACAGUAGAUCUCGACUCAAAAGCACGGCCUAAGGAAGAAAAGCCUAAGGAAGCGCCCGUGGUUGAAGAGAUCAUAAUCCUUGAGAAAGAGGAAAAACCCCGAGAAAUCACUACUGAGGCUACCGAAAUUCCGGAUAUCACUGAUGUCAAAACUGUCCAGCACACAGAUAUUGUCACUGAAUCUUUUGAAAGACCGAAGGAAAUUGCUCAGGUUGAGUACAAAACAGAGGAAGUUGUUGAAGAAACCGAAAAAGUCGAAUUGGCUAAGGUACCAAAGCCAAAGAAGCCAAAGAAGAAGAAGAAACCUGAAGAGGAAGAAGAAGUGUCAAUUUUUGAAGAGACAGAGCAGACAGUAGAUCUCGAAUCAAAAGCACGGCCUAAGGAAGAAAAGCCUAAGGAAGCGCCCGUUGCUGAAGAGAUCAUAAUCCUUGAGAAAGAGGAAGAACCCCGAGAAAUCACUACUGAGGCUACCGAAAUUCCGGAUAUCACUGAUGUCAAAACUGUCCAGCGCACAGACAUUGUCACUGAAUCUUUGGAAAGACCGAAGGAAAUUGCUCAGGUUGAGUACAAAACAGAGGCAGUUGUUGAAGAAACUGAAACAAUCGAAUUGGCUAAGGUACCAAAGCCAAAGAAGCCAAAGAAGAAGAAGAAACCUGAAGAGGAAGAAGAAGUGCCAAUUGUUGAAGAAACAGAGCAGACAGUAGAUCUCGAGUCAAAAGCACGGCCUAAGGAAGAAAAGCCUAAGGAAGUGCCCGUGGUUGAAGAGAUCAUAAUUCUUGAGAAAGCGGAAAAACCUCGAGAAAUCACUACUGAGGCUACCGAAAUUCCGGAUAUCACUGAUGUCAAGACUGUCCAGCGCACAGAUAUUGUCACUGAAUCUUUAGAAAGACCGAAGGAAAUUGCUCAGGUUGAGUACAAAACAGAGGAACUUGUCGAAGAAACUGAAACAAUCGAAUUGGUUAAGGUACCAAAGCCAAAGAAGCCAAAGAAGAAGAAGCAACCUGAAGAGGAAGAAGAAGUGCCAAUUGUUGAAGAGACAGAGCAGACAGUAGAUCUCGAGUCAAAAGCACGGCCUAAGGAAGAAAAGCCUAAGGAAGUGCCCGUGGUUCAAGAGAUCAUAAUCCUUGAGAAAGAGGAAAAACCCCGAGAAAUCACUACUGAGGCUACUGAAAUUCCGGAUAUAACUGAUGUCAAAACUGUCCAGCGCACAGACAUUGUCACUGAAUCUUUGGAAAGACCGAAGGAAAUUGCUCAGGUUGAGUACAAAACAGAGGAAGUUGUCGAAGAAACUGAAACAAUCGAAUUGGCUAAGCUACCAAAGCCAAAGAAGCCAAAGAGGAAGAAGAAACCUGAAGAGGAAGAAGAAGUGACAAUUGUUGAAGAGACAGAGCAGACAGUAGAUCUCGAGUCAAAAGCACGGCCUAAGGAAGAAAAGCCUAAGGAAGCGCCCGUGGUUGAAGAGAUCAUAAUCCUUGAUAAAGAGGAAAAACCCCGAGAAAUCACUACUGAGGCUACUGAAAUUCCGGAUAUAACUGAUGUCAAAACUGUCCAGCACACAGACAUCGUCACUGAAUCUUUGGAAAGACCGAAGGAAAUUGCUCAGGUUGAGUAUAAAACAGAGGAAGUUGUUGAAGAAACUGAAACAAUCGAAUUGGCUAAGGUACCAAAGCCAAAGAAGCCAAAGAAGAAGAAGAAACCUGAAGAGGAAGAAGAAGUGCCAAUUGUUGAAGAGACAGAGCAGACAGUAGAUCUCGAGUCAAAAGCACGGCCUAAGGAAGAAAAGCCUAAGGAAGCGCCCGUGGUUGAAGAGAUCAUAAUCCUUGAGAAAGAGGAAAAACCCCGAGAAAUCACUACUGAGGCUACUGAAAUUCCGGAUAUCACUGAUGUCAAAACUGUCCAGCGCACAGACAUCGUCACUGAAUCUUUGGAAAGACCGAAGGAAAUUGCUCAGGUUGAGUACAAAACAGAGGAAGUUGUCGAAGAAACUGAAACAAUCGAAUUGGCUAAGGUACCAAAGCCAAAGAAGCCAAAGAAGAAGAAACCUGAAGAGGAAGAAGAAGUGACAAUUGUUGAAGAGACAGAGCAGUCAGUAGAUCUCGAGUCAAAAGCACGGCCUAAGGAAGAAAAGCCUAAGGAAGUGCCCGCGGUUCAAGAGAUUAUAAUCCUUGAGAAAGAGGAAAAACCCCGAGAAAUCACUACUGAGGCUACCGAAAUUCCGGAUAUCACUGAUGUCAAAACUGUCCAGCGCACAGACAUUGUCACUGAAUCUUUGGAAAGACCGAAGGAAAUUGCUCAGGUUGAGUACAAAACAGAGGAACUUGUCGAAGAAACCGAAACAAUCGAAUUGGCUAAGGUACCAAAGCCAAAGAAGCCAAAGAAGAAGAAGAAACCUGAAGAGGAAGAAGAAGUGCCAAUUGUUGAAGAGACAGAGCAGACAGUAGAUCUGGAAUCAAAAGCACGACCUAAGGAAGAAAAGCAUAAGGAAGCGCCCGUGGUUGAAGAGAUCAUACUCCUUGAUAAAGAGGAAAAACCCCGAGAAAUCACUACUGAGGCUACUGAAAUUCCGGAUAUAACUGAUGUCAAAACUGUCCAGCACACAGACAUCGUCACUGAAUCUUUGGAAAGACCGAAGGAAAUCGCUCAAGUUGAGUAUAAAACAGAGGAAGUUGUUGAAGAAACUGAAACAAUCGAAUUGGCUAAGGUACCAAAGCCAAAGAAGCCAAAGAAGAAGAAGAAACCUGAAGAGGAAGAAGAAGUGCCACUUGUUGAAGAAACAGAGCAGACAGUAGAUCUCGAGUCAAAAGCACGGCCUAAGGAAGAAAAGCCUAAGGAAGCGCCCGUGGUUGAAGAGAUCAUAAUCCUUGAUAAAGAGGAAAAACCCCGAGAAAUCACUACUGAGGCUACUGAAAUUCCGGAUAUAACUGAUGUCAAAACUGUCCAGCACACAGACAUCGUCACUGAAUCUUUGGAAAGACCGAAGGAAAUCGCUCAGGUUGAGUAUAAAACAGAGGAAGUUGUUGAAGAAACUGAAACAAUCGAAUUGGCUAAGGUACCAAAGCCAAAGAAGCCAAAGAAGAAGAAGAAACCUGAAGAGCAAGAAGAGGUGCCAAUUGUUGAAGAGACAGAGCAGACAGUGGAUCUCGAGUCAAAAGCACGGCCUAAGGAAGAAAAGCCUAAGGAAGUGCCCGUGGUUGAAGAGAUCAUAAUCCUUGAGAAAGCGGAAAAACCUCGAGAAAUCACUACUGAGGCUACCGAAAUUCCGGAUAUCACUGAUGUCAAGACUGUCCAGCGCACAGAUAUUGUCACUGAAUCUUUUGAAAGACCGAAGGAAAUUGCUCAGGUUGAGUACAAAACAGAGGAACUUGUCGAAGAAACUGAAACAAUCGAAUUGGUUAAGGUACCAAAGCCAAAGAAGCCAAAGAAGAAGAAGCAACCUGAAGAGGAAGAAGAAGUGCCAAUUGUUGAAGAGACAGAGCAGACAGUAGAUCUCGAGUCAAAAGCACGGCCUAAGGAAGAAAAGCCUAAGGAAGUGCCCGUGGUUCAAGAGAUCAUAAUCCUUGAGAAAGAGGAAAAACCCCGAGAAAUCACUACUGAGGCUACUGAAAUUCCGGAUAUAACUGAUGUCAAAACUGUCCAGCACACAGACAUCGUCACUGAAUCUUUGGAAAGACCGAAGGAAAUCGCUCAGGUUGAGUACAAAACAGAGGAGGUUGUUGAAGAAUCUGAAACAAUCGAAUUGGCCAAGGUACCAAAGCCAAAGAAGCCAAAGAAGAAGAAGAAACCUGAAGAGGAAGAAGAAGUGCCACUUGUUGAAGAAACAGAGCAGACAGUAGAUCUCGAGUCAAAAGCAUGGCCUAAGGAAGAAAAGCCUAAGGAAGUGCCCGUGGUUGAAGAGAUCAUAAUCCUUGAUAAAGAGGAAAAACCCCGAGAAAUCACUACUGAGGCUACUGAAAUUCCGGAUAUAACUGAUGUCAAAACUGUCCAGCACACAGACAUCGUCACUGAAUCUUUGGAAAGACCGAAGGAAAUCUCUGAGGUUGAGUACAAAACAGAGGAAGUUGUCAAAGAAACUGAGACAAUGGAUUUGGUUAAGGCACCUAAACAAAAGAAGCUGAAAAAGAAGAAAAAGCCUGAAGAGGAAGUAUCAGUGUUUGAAGAUAUAGUGCAGACCUAUGAUGUAGAGUCAAAGGAAGUGCCACAAGGAAAGAUACCAGAAGAGAUUGAAGAGAUUACUGUUAUAAAAGAAAUAACAGUUUUUAACAAAAAAACUGUAGAGACUGUCACGGAGACUAAAAAUGUUUUACAGACUGAAUUCACUCAAUCACUUGUCUCUGAAGAAUUAGUUGUCUCUGAAAUUCCUGAAGCCACAAGUGCUCAUAUAAGCCUUGUUGAAAGCCGUCCAGUUGUCAUAGAAGAAAUUAGCAGUGAGUUAAACACUGAUGAACUUGAAUCUGAUCGUAAACCCAAGGAAGAGAGACCACAAGCGGCAUUAACAGAAAGUAAAGCUGUUACUAUUGAAGAAGCAUUCGCAUCUGAAAUGCCAGAAGCUGUGAGUGUGCCUCAACAAGAAACGCAUGAGGCAUCACAAAGUAUAAUAAUAGAAGAAAAGUCUCUUGUUGUGGAAGAGACAACAAGCGAACAGUAUGCUUCAGAAUUUCUCGCUAAGGCUCCCACGAAAAGGCAGAAGGCGAAGGAAGUCCUUGAGCCUCAGCAACCAAUAGAAGUACUGGAAGCUGAAACCCUUUUGAGUACGGAAGAGUUGAAGGCUUUACCAAAAGAAAAGUACCAGAAAGCACUUGGUAUGCUUGAGGAACAGAGUCUUGCUUUUAGAGAUGUUGGAGAAGAGGAAAUAGCACCAGAGUUCGCACCUGAUGAUGUCUUCUCAAAGGAAGCAAGCAAGACGUUGCUUCUCUUUCCACAGCAUCAAAUCGAUGUGACAGAAGUAAUACCAGGCGCUGCCACUGAGGAGCUCAUUAUUGAAGAAACAGUAAAGAAGAAAGGAAAUGUGACAUAUGUUGAAGAAUCAAGAGAAGUUUCUGCCAUAUUAGAAGAAGUUCCAUCAGAAUUCCAGCCAGCAGACAUUCCAACAAAAACUCUUACAUCAAGAAUAACGGACACAGCCAGGAGCUACCCACAAUAUGAAGAGCAGGCAGCAGAAUUUUAUGAGGGCAUACCUAUGCUUGCUCAUGCUGACCAAAGUCGUGUAGAAUUUGAAAGAAGUGCACCUGCAGUGCAUGAGUUAGCCACGGAAUUUUUAGCCUCUGUAGAUAGGGAAUCGACGGCCUCAGUGUCACAUGUGGAAAUUCCCAGAGAAGUCACCACAACUGAAGAGAUGGCUGCUCAUUUUGAUAUAACUUCUCCUGAGAAAACACAUCUAACUACGGAGUUCACACAGUUUCCCCGUGAUACCGUUGAGGUACACGAGCAGGCUAUGGAAUUCAAAGCAGAUAGAGUGUUACCAUUGCGGCCAGGUUCAACAAAUAUCGGGGAUGUGAAAUCUUAUGUUGCCUCCGAAGAGAUUGCACCAUUAUUUGAAGCACCAUCAGCCAAGGAAGAAACCCUUCAGAAAGACAUUGUUGAUGUUCGAAGGGAAACUCUCUUCAUUGAAGAAAUACAAACAGAAGAGCAAACUCAUGAGGCAGACCUUACAGUUAUUCCAGAGAAGAAAAGUGCACAACCAUCAAAAGUCCUCCCAGCAGAACACCUCUCCAUUCAGGUGUCUGAAGUGACACCAGAUCAUGGGACGAGCGAGCUUCCAACUGAAGUGCCUACUCAAAGACAUCUCAAGCACACUAUUACAGAAGGAGUGUCCAUGACACAUGAGGUGGCCACUGUGCUUGAAACGGCUGCCGAACUGGAGGAAGCACCAGAUUUGACGAAGCAUGCAAAACCAAUUUUGGAACUAGUGCAGAGUCUCCUGGUUAAAGAUAUAAUUGCAGAAGCCUCUACUUCUGAUGCCAAGCCCACUGAAUUACCAGAUAUGCAUACUGCUGAGUUAAGGUUUCUACCACUGGCACCAUUAACUGUAGAAGAAAGUGGUGUGCAUAUGACGACAGGUGCCAUUAAGACAACUCCAUUUGCUGAAGCUAAAGCUGAAGUAGGCAUGACAACAUCUCUAGGAAUUCAAGUCCAUGAAACUACACCAGGGUUAACAGGAACUGAGUUAAAAACUGAGCCACUUCACAAAGAAGUCACACCAAUAAGCACAUUCACGACAAUUGAGGCCCUCGCCAUAUCAGCGGUGGAGACUGCUUUGAAAGAAGCUCAUGCCGACAAAUUCAAACCUCCAAAGUCAGUGAGUGCUUCUUUCACAUUGCUGACUGAAGAGCCUCUCCAAGUAACUGAAAUAGAAGCUAUGAGCAUGGAAGAGGAUAUUGAAGUACGUCAGGCACCAGCACAGGAACUCAGUGUAUCAACUGUGGCACCAAAUCGCCCUCUUAUUGUAUGUGAAACAGAAGCACUAACUUCAGAGGAGGCACUACCUGUCAAUAGGGGCCUUCCAACAACAAAAGUAAAAUCCGAACUUUUGACUGAUCAGCCGCUGCUAGUUUCCGAAGUUCCUGUUCUUAUGAAAGAAACGAACCUGCCAAGUGAAGCUAGACCACCUAAGUCUACCGCACCAUUCAGUAUUCCAACAGAACAACAUGUGUGUGUCACACAAAUUCCAGUGCUUAUAAAGGAGACAGAACUUAAGCUUGAAGAGAAGCCAUCAGGCACCAAAGCACCAUGCACCAUCGAUGUACAGCAGCCAGUGAAUGUUUCACUUAUGUCAAGUUUUAUAAUGGAGGGAGAGUACACUCCAGAAAAAAUGCCAAGACACUUAAAAGCUGAAAUCACUAUGCCAACAGAUACACCAAUAACAGUCUCAGAAACUUCAACACUGGGUAGAGAAGGUGAUUUAAGAGUCGAAAAAGUACCAGAAGGCAUUACAUCAACAGUGAAGGUGACAACUGAUGAGCCUGUGUCCAUUUCUGAGCCUGUGAUAUUAGCAAAGGAAGAACACAUUGAAGCAUACUUUGAGCCUAAAUGUGCUACUGCAGCGCCAAUCAUAACAACUAGUGAAAGCUUGUCGGUUCUUGCUCAGCAUACCCUCAUGAAAGAAAAAAUGCUCGGGCUGCAAGAGCAGCCGUAUGAGGUAACUGUUCCAUACACUAUCUCAACUGAACAGCAUGUCCAGGUGUCUGAAUACCCAGCUCUUGAUAAGGAAGAAGUAUUGGAGCUUGCAAAGCUUCCAAAAGAAAUUAAUGCUCCUUUUUCAGUUCCACUGGAAGAAUCCUUAACAGUUGAACAAACAGAUUUUUUCACUAAAGAGUCAGACCUGAAACUUAAAGAUCUCCCAUCAACAGUCACAGCACCAUUUACAAUUCCUGCUCAGCAGCAUGUUGUUGUCUCAGCCCAUGGAACCUUUGACAAAGAAAAAUUAUUAGAACAAGAAAAGCUUCCUGCUGAGGUAACAGCACCAUGCUCACUGUUACUCGAAGAGCCUUUGACCAUUGAAGAUGUCAGUUUGUUUUCCAAAGAAUCUGAGCUCAAGGCAAAAGAACUUCCUCCAGAAACCACAGCGCCGUACACACUUACAACACAGCAGCAUGUCGUUAUUCAUGAACACAAAGCUCUCGAUAAAGAGACUGCACUUCAUGUUGACCACCAUCCAGACAAGGUCACAGCACCAUACUCCGUUCCUGUGGACAUGCCAAUAACAGUUGAAGAGACUAGCUUUCUGGUGAAAGAAUCGGAGUUGCAACGAGAAAAGCCAGCCACAGAAAUCACUGCACCUUUCACAAUACCCACAGAACAGCACGUUGCAGUUAGUGAACAAGCAGGCCUUGAUAAAGAGGAGAUGUUUCACCCAGAGAAGGUGCCCAGGGAGGUGACAGCACCAUUUUCAGUGCCCCUUGAGGAACCUUUAACAGUAGAAGAAACAAGUACCCUCACAAAAGAAUCAGAACUGAGGCCAGACAUGGUACCUGCAAAAGUUACAGCUCCUUUCUCAGUUUCUACCGAACAGCAUGUUGUGGUGUCAGAGCAUCCAACUUUUGAAAAAGAAGAAGUUCGAAUUGAGGAACUUCCCAAUGAAAUUAUUGCACCAUUUACAGUACCACUUGAAGAAUCAAUUAUAAUACAAGAGACCAGAAUUUUGGCAAAAGAGUCUGAUCUAAAACAGGAUGUCCAGCCAGAUAAAGUCACGGCUCCUUUUUCUGUGCCUACAGAAAAGCAUGUGCUAGUGUGUGACCGCCAGAUUUUUGAAAAAGAAGAAGAACUUCAGCACACAAUUCUUCCUAAUGAAAUUUCUGCACCAUUUUCAGUGCCACUUCAAGAGUCAAUAACUGUAGAACAAACGUGCCUCCUAACCAAAGAGAAAGAGCUAAAGAAACAAAAAUGGCCUGCAGAAGUUACAGCUCCCUUUUCAUUGCCCACUGACCGACACGUUAUGAUAUCUGAUCACCCCACUUUUGAAAAAGAAGAAGACUUCUUACCUGGGAAGCUUCCCACUGAAGUUACUGUGCCAUACACUGUUCCAUGUGAAGAGUCGGUGACAAUAGAAGAGACAAGCCUUUACACAAAGGAAUCGGAACUUGCCCAGGAAAACCUUCCAGCAGAAGUUACAGCUCCUUUCUCAGUUUCCAGUGAGGAGCACAUUGUUGUAUCACAGCUAGAAAAUCUUGAGAAGGAGGAAGAACUUGAAACUGAAAAAGUUCCUCGCAAAGUUACUGCACCAUUUUCUGUGUCACUUCAAGAAUCCAUUACAGUGGAAGAAAUUAGUCUUUUAACAAAAGAGUCAGAACUAGAAAAAGACAAACUGCCACCGGACAUUACAGCUCCAUUUUCACUUUCAACUCAGCACCAUGUUGUGAUAUCACAGUCUCCAGCACUUGAAAAAGAAGAGGACUUUCAGCCUGGAAAACUUCCCAGUGAAGUUACUGCACCUUUUUCAGUUCCUAUGGAGGAAUCAAUAUUGGUUCAAGAAACAAACAUUCUGGCUAAAGAGUCAGAUCUGAAAGAGGAAAAACUGCCUGACCAGGUUAAAGCUCCUUUUUCAGUUCCAACAGAAAAGCACGUUGUUAUCAGUGACCAUCCAGCUCUUGAGAAAGAAGUAGAAUUUCAUCCUGAUAAACAGCCGAAAGAAAUUACUGCACUUUUGUCAAUGCCAUUUGAAGAGUCUUUAACAGUAGAAGAAAUAAGUCUCCUCACAAAAGAGUCAGAAUUAAAAAAGGACAAGGCUCCUGCACAUAUUAUAGCCCCGUUUUCAGUUUCAACAGCAGAGCAUAUUAUCGUGUCUGAUCACCCGACCAUGGAAAGGGAAGAUGAGCUUCAGUCUGGGAAACUUCCCAAGGAAGUUUCCGCGCACUACUCUUUGCCAUUUGAAGAGUCGUUAACAGUGGAGGAAGCAAAUUUACUGUCAAAAGAAUCGGAGUUAAAAGAAGAUAAGCUUCCUGCAGAGGUUACGGCUCCUUUCUCUGUUUCAACAGUGGAACACAUUGCAGUGUCCCGCUCCACACCUCUUGAGAAGGAAGAAACUUUUCAUCCUGGAAAGCUUCCUAAGGAAAUAUCUGCACCUUUCUCAAUACCAUAUGAAGAGCCGUUAUCAGUAGAAGAAACCAACCCACUGGCAAAAGAGUCUGAGCUGAUUGAAGAUAAACUUCCUGCAGGAGUCACUGUUCCUUUUUCUAUUCUGACAGAGCAGCAUGUUGUUAUUUCAGAGCAACCAUAUCUCGAAAGAGAAGACAAAUUUCAGUCCGGGAAACUUCCUGGUGAAAUUACUGCACCAUUCUCAAUGCGUUUAGAAGAGUCCUUAGCAGUAGAAGAAACUAGCCUGCUGGCAAAAGAAUCUGAAUUACCAGAAGAAAAACUUCCUGCUGAGGUCAUGCUUUCUUAUUCUCUACCAACAGAGCAGCAUAUUAUGAUAUCAGAGCACCCAACACUUGAAAAGGAAGAGGGCUUCCAGCCUGGAAAAGCAUUUGGGGAAGUCGCAGCGCAACUUUCGAUUCCAUGUGAAGAGUCACUAACUGUAGUGGAAACAAGCCUGCUGUCAAAAGAAUCUGAAUUUACAGAAACAAAGCUUCCUACAGAAGUUACAGCUCCUUCCUCAAUCUCUACAGAGCAUCACAUAGAAGUAUUACAGCCCCAGAACCUUGAGAAAGAAACAGAAUUUCAUGCUGAAAAAAUUCCCAGGGAGGUAACUGCCCCAUUUUCAGUGCCACUUGCAGAAUCUAUGACUGUAGAAGAAACUAGUUUUCUUACUAAGGAAGCAGAAUUGAAGGAAGAAAAACUUCCUUUGACAGUAACAGCUCCAAUUUCUGUUCCUACUGAGCAACACAUUGUAGUAUCACAGCUCUCAAUUUUGGAAAAGGAAGGGGAAUUUCAGCCUGGAAAACUUCCUGGUGAAGUUGCUGCACCUUUUUCAAUUCCACUGGAAGAGUCUUUAACGGUGCAGCAGGCAAGUAUUCUUACAAGAGAGUCAGAGUUAAAAGAGGACAAAUUUCCAGAAAAAUUUACAGCUCCUUUUUCAGUUUCCACAGAACAGCAUGUUGUAGUGUCAGAGCAUCCAUCCCUUGAGAAGGAAGGGGAGUGUCUGACUGUGAAAAUUCCUAAAGAGGUCACUGCACCUUUCUCUGUGCCAUUGGAAGAGUCACUUACUGUGGAAGAGACCAGGUUUCUUACAAAGGAGUCAGAACUAAAAGAGGACAAAACACCUGCAGAAACUACCGCUCCCUUCUCAGUUUUAACUGAGCAGCAUGUUGUUAUAUCAGAGCAUUCAUCUCUUGAGAAAGAAAAUGAAUUUCACCCAGGACAAAUUCUGGGUGAGAUUACAGCACCAUUCUCAAUUCCAUUAGAAGAAUCCUUAACUGUAGCAGAAACAAACCUCUUGACAAAAGAGUCUGAACUGGAGCAAGAGAAAUCUCCUACACAAAUUGCUAUACCAUUCUCAGUUCCUACUGAACAACAUAUUUCAGUUUCACAGUUCUCGACUUUUGAGAAAGAGGAGGAAUUCCAGCCUAGAAAACUUCCAGGAGAAGUAAGUGCCCCAUUUUCAGUUCCUCUACAAGAGUCAAUAACAGUUGAACAAACCAGCAUUCUCACAAAAGAGUCAGAACUGAAGAAAGAAAAACAAAUUUCAGAAGUUACAGCUCCUUUCUCAGUUCCUACUGAACAGCAUAUUUCAGUUUCACAGUUUUCAACUUUUGAGAAAGAGGAAGAAUUCCAGCCUGGAAAACUUCCAGGAGAAGUCACAGCCCCAUUUUCAUUUCCUCUACAAGAGUCAAUAACAGUAGAACAAACCAGCAUUCUCACAAAAGAGACAGAACUGAAGGAGGAAAAACAAGUUUCAGAAGUUACGGCUCCUUUCUCAGUUCCUGCUGAGCAGCACAUUUUGGUUUCACAGCUAUCAGCUUUUGAGAAAGAGGAGGAAUUCCAGCCUGGAAAACUUCCAGGAGAAGUCACAGCCCCAUUUUCAGUUCCUCUGCAAGAGUCAAUAACAGUUGAAGAAACCAGCAUUCUUACAAAAGAGUUGGAACUGAAAGAGCAGAAACUCCCUUCAGAGCUUACUGCCCCAUUCAAAAUUGCCACGGAGCAGCAUGUUGUCGUCUCUGAGCAACCAUUUCUUCACAAAGAAGAGGGAUUUGAGCCAUCAGACUUUCCUAGUGAGAUCACUGCACCAUUCACUGUUUCUUCACAGGAAUCUAUAGCAAUAGAGGAAACAAGUUCUUUCACGAAAGAAUCUGUGCUCACAACAAAAGAGCUUCCAAAAGAGACUACCGCUGUCACAUCAGUCCCCACGGUACAGCACAUUAUAGUUUCGGAUCUUCCUGCUCUUGACAAGGAAGAUGUUUUUCUGCCUGGUACACUCCCUGGCGAGGUUACUGCACCUUAUACUAUACCACUUGAAGAGUCUUUGACAGUACAAGAAAUCAGACACGUUACAGAAGUUUCUGAGUUCACAACUAAAAAUUUGCCAAAAGAAAUUUCUGCGCCAUAUUCAAUACCCACACAGGAACAUGUAAUAAUAUCUGACCAACCAACUCUGCACAAAGAGCAAGAUUUGCAAGCUGGUAAAAAACCAGCACAAGUAACUGCACCUUUCUCUUUGCCUGUUGCCGAAUAUUUGACCAUUGAGGAGACAAGCUCAUUAUUAAAAGAGUCCCACUUAGACACAGAAAAACAGCCAUCUGAAUUUAGUGCAUUCAUGACACUGCCUCAAGAGCAUCAUGUCACAGUAGUAGAGGAAUGCCGACAUCUAGACAAAGAAGAGUCCCUACAGCUUGAAAAAAUCCCUGGGGAGAUAACGGCACCUUUCUCAUUAGGUAUUGAAGAACCAUUGACUGUAGAAGCCACAGAGUUUCUUCUAAAAGAAUCUGAGCUGAAGACAGACCAACUUCCUUCUGAAAUCAGUGCACCAUAUACUAUACCAACAGACCAACAUAUUGUUAUAUCUCACUUGCAACAGUUUGAUAAGGAGGAAGAACUCACACCACACACUACUCCAGAAGAGAUGAGUGCACCAUACUCACUGUUAUUGGAAGAAUCAAUAACCAUUGAUGAAAAACAAGUCUUUAGUAAAGAAUCAGAGUUUGCUGUAAAAGAAUCAACCAAAGAGGUCACAGCACCUUUCGAUAUUCGCACUGAGCACCACCUUGUAGUUUCUGAUUCUUCAGUUCUUGAAAAAGAAACUACAUUUAAAUCUGAAAAGAUGCCGCAUGAAGUGAAGGUUCCAUAUACUUUGCCAACAGUGAUGCCACUAACAGUUCAAGAAACACCUGAAUUAUCUAAAGAAUCAGAGUUGCCAUUGAAAAAGCUCCCAGAUGAAUCUCUUGCAUCUCUUUCUAUACCUACAGAAAAACACAUUACAAUUGUUGAAACAGCUACAUUGUCAAAAGAAGAUGAAUUAUACACAAAAGAGACACAAGUACCAGUUGUCGCUGAGAAAAGCGUAUCUGCUCAAGAAACUAUCUCAAUUUUAGAGAUGUCAGCAUUGACAAAGGAAAGUGACUUGGCUUACGAAAAAAUACCAAAGCACAUGAAAGCCAGUUUUAUUCUAGACUCUCUAGAACCUAUAACAGUGCAAGAGUUCAACUUUGGCUUAAUGGCUGAUGAAUUUUUCAUUAAAGAGAGUCCUGAAGAAAUAAGUGCCAGAGACAUACCUCUUAUUUCAGAUGAAAUCAAGCAUGAAGAGAACAUCCAGGAAAUCACGCCCAAGGAUAAAGAACAAGUUACUGAAGGUCUAACAAUACAAGAAGUAACGGGAGAAACUAUUCAACAUGAAGAGACUUCAUCAUGUAUUGUGGUAGAGGAAGAAAUAUUAGACCAUGUAGAAGCUGGAAUAGAAGUGAAAAAGAAGACAAAGAAGAAAUAUGUUCGCUUUGAUGACACGGCUGGCACCCAGGAGGUUACUGAAGUACUUCACACAUUUACUAGAACUGCACCAGAAGGCACAUCGCUUAAAAUUGAAGACGUCACUGAAGAAUAUGAAAAUGCACCAGAAAGUCAAGAAAAAAGCAGCGAAGAGCCCAUAAUUGAAGAAGUUGAUGAGGUACAACCUGUGCAGAAAACCAAACAGAAAAAGGAGAAGCCAGACGAACAAACCCUUACUGAAAUAACAAUCCAUCCUAAAAUUCAUGAAGAAACUGAGGAGGAGGAGACCACUUUGAAAGAAAUCACACAUCAAGAAGAGGAGAAGCAACCUAAAGAAAAGAAGAAAAAGAAGAUCAUUAAAAAGAAAGAAAAGGCAGAAAUUACAAAGAUUGAGCUUAAACCAAAAGAAGAGGCACCCGAAGAAAUCCAGGAAGUGAGUGAAAUCAAGCAAGUUGAAGAGACAGUGGAAGAAAUCACUGAGUUUGACAUUAAGAUCGGGAAGCUUCACAAACCAGAAGAGAUACUUGAUAUAACAGUUACAUCAGAAGAAGUGCCUCAGCUCGAUGUCACACAAGUUAUCGAAAAGCCAGUUGAACUCGAGAGCAUUGAGAAGCCUGAAGAAGCUCCUGAAGAAAAACUAGAUGAGCAGAUUGAAGAGAAGCCUAAAGAAAAGAAGAAAAAGAAAGUUGUUAAGAAAAAAGACAAGCCAGAGAUCACUGAGAUUGAGCUUAAACCAAGAGAAGAAGCACUCGAAGAAAUUCAGGAAGUGACUGAAAUAAAACAAGUUGAAGAGACAGUGGAAGAAAUCACUGAGUUUGACAUUAAGAUCGGGAAGCUUCACAAACCAGAAGAGAUACUUGAUAUAACAGUUACAUCAGAAGAAGUGCCUCAGCUCGAUGUCACACAAGUUAUCGAAAAGCCAGUUGAACUCGAGAGCAUUGAGAAGCCUGAAGAAGCUCCUGAAGAAAAACCAGAAGAGCAGAUUGAAGAGAAGCCUAAAGAAAAGAAGAAAAAGAAAGUUGUCAAGAAAAAAGAAAAGCCAGAAAUUACGGAGAUUGAGCUUAAACCAAAAGAAGAAGCACCUGAAGAAAUCCAGGAAGUGAGUGAAAUCAAGCAAGUUGAAGAGACAGUGGAAGAAAUCACUGAGUUUGACAUUAAAAUCGAGAAACUUCGCAAACCAGAAGAGAUACUUGAUAUAACAGUUACAUCAGAAGAAGUGCCUCAGCUCGAUGUCACACAAGUUAUCGAGAAGCCAGUUGAACUCGAGAGCGUCGAAAAACCGGAAGAAAAGCCUGAAGAAGUUCCUGAAAAAAAACCAGAAGAGCAGAUUGAAGAGAAGCCUAAAGAAAAGAAGAAAAAGAAAGUUGUUAAGAAAAAAGAAAAGCCAGAGAUCACUGAGAUUGAGCUUAAACCAAGAGAAGAAGCACCCAAAGAAAUUCAGGAAGUGACUGAAAUAAAACAAGUUGAAGAGACAGUGGAAGAAAUCACUGAGUUUGACAUUAGGAUCGGGAAGCUUCGCAAACCAGAAGAGAUACUUGAUAUAACAGUUACAUCAGAAGAAGUGCCUCAGCUCGAUGUCACACAAGUUAUCGAAAAGCCAGUUGAAUUCGAGAGCAUUGAAAAAGCGGAAGACAAGCCUGAAGAAGCUCCUGAAGAAAAACCAGAAGAGCAGAUUGAAGAGAAGCCUAAAGAAAAGAAGAAAAAGAAAGUUGUCAAGAAAAAAGAAAAGCCAGAAAUUACAGAGAUUGAGCUUAAACCAAAAGAAGAAGCACCCGAAGAAAUCCAGGAAGUGAGUGAAAUCAAGCAAGUUGAAGAGACAGUGGAAGAAAUCACUGAGUUUGACAUUAAGAUCGAGAAGCUUCGCAAACCAGAAGAUAUACUUGAUAUAACAGUUACAUCAGAAGAAAUGCCUCAGCUCGAUGCAACACAAGUUAUCGAAAAGCCAGUUGAAUUCGAGAGCAUUGAAAAAGCGGAAGACAAACCUGAAGAAGCUCCUGAAGAAAAACCAGAAGAGCAGAUGGAAGAGAAGCCUAAAGAAAAGAAGAAAAAGAAAGUUGUUAAGAAAAAAGAAAAGCCAGAGAUCACUGAAAUUGAGCUUAAACCAAGAGAAGAAGCACCCGAAGAAAUUCAGGAAGUGACUGAAAUAAAACAAAUUGAAGAGACAGUAGAAGAAAUCACUGAGUUUGACAUUAAGAUCGGGCAGCUUCACAAACCAGAAGAGAUACUUGAUAUAACAGUUACAUCAGAAGAAGUGCCUCAGCUCGAGAGAUUGAGCUUAAAACCAAAAGAAGAAGCACCCGAAAGAAAUCAGGAAGUGAGUGAAAUCAAGCAAGUUGAAGAGAUAGUGGAAGAAAUCACUGAGUUCGACAUUAAGAUCGAGAAGCUUCGCAAACCAGAAGAGGUACUUGAUAUAACACUUAUAUCAGAAGAAGUGCCUCAGCUCGAUGUCACACAAGCUAUCGAGAAGCCGCUUGAACUCGAGAGCAUUGAAAAACCGGAAGAGAAACCUGAAGAAGCUCCUGAAGAAAAACCAGAAGAGCAGAUUGAAGAGAAGCCUAAAGAAAAGAAGAAAAAGAAAGUUGUUAAGAAAAAAGAAAAGCCAGAAAUUACAGAGAUUGAGCUUAAACCAAAAGAAGAAGCACCCGAAGAAAUCCAGGAAGUGAGUGAAAUCAAGCAAGUUGAAGAGACAGUGGAAGAAUCACUGAGUUUGAUUAAGAUCGAGAAGCUUCGCAAACCAGAAGAGGUACUUGAUAUAACACUUACAUCGGAAGAAGUGCCUCAGCUCGAUGUCACACAAGUUAUCGAGAAGCCAGUUGAAUUCGAGAGCAUUGAGAAGCCUGAAGAAGCUCCUGAAGAAAAACCAGAAGAGAAGAUUGAAGAGAAGCCUAAAGAAAAGAAGAAAAAGAAAGUUGUUAAGACAAAAGAAAAGCCAGAAAUUACAGAGAUUGAGCUUAAACCAAAAGAAGAAGCACCCGAAGAAAUCCAGGAAGUGAGUGAAAUCAAGCAAGUUGAAGAGACAGUGGAAGAAAUCACUGAGUUUGACAUUAAGAUCGAGAAGCUUCGCAAACCAGAAGAGGUACUUGAUAUAACACUUACAUCGGAAGAAGUGCCUCAGCUCGAUGUCACACAAGUUAUCGAGAAGCCAGUUGAACUCGAGAGCAUUGAGAAGCCUGAAGAAGCUCCGGAAGAAAAACCAGAAGAGCAGAUUGAAGAGAAGCCUAAAGAAAAGAAGAAAAAGAAAGUUGUCAAGAAAAAAGAAAAGCCAGAAAUUACAGAGAUUGAGCUUAAACCAAAAGAAGAAGCACCCGAAAAAAUCCAGGAAGUGAGUGAAAUCAAGCAAGUUGAAGAGACAGUGGAAGAAAUCACUGAGUUCGACAUUAAGAUCGAGAAGCUUCGCAAACCAGAAGAGGUACUUGAUAUAACACUUAUAUCAGAAGAAGUGCCUCAGCUCGAUGUCACACAAGCUAUCGAGAAGCCGCUUGAACUCGAGAGCAUUGAAAAACCGGAAGAGAACCUGAAGAAGCUCCUGAAGAAAACCAGAAGAGAAGUGAGUGAAAUCAAGCAAGUUGAAGAGACAGUCGAAGAAAUCACUGAGUUUGACAUUAAGAUCGAGAAGCUUCGCAAACCAGAAGAGGUACUUGAUAUAACACUUACAUCGGAAGAAGUGCCUCAGCUCGAUGUCACACAAGUUAUCGAGAAGCCAGUUGAACUCGAGAGCAUUGAGAAGCCUGAAAGAAGCUCCGGAAGAAAAACAGAAGAGCAGAUUGAAGAGAAGCCUAAAGAAAAGAAGAAAAAAGAAGUUGUCAAGAAAAAAGAAAAGCCAGAAAUUACAGAGAUUGAGCUUAAACCAAAAGAAAAGCACCCCGAAAAAAUCCAGGAAGUGAGUGAAAUCAGCAAGUUGAAAGACAGAGGAAGGAAAAUCACUGAGUUCGACAUUAAGAUCGAGAAGCUUCGCAAACCAGAAGAGGUACUUGAUAUAACACUUAUAUCAGAAGAACUGCCUCAGCUCGAUGUCACACAAGCUAUCAAGAAGCCGCUUGAACUCGAGAGCAUUGAAAAACCGGAAGAGAAACCUGAAGAAGCUCCUGAAGAAGCUCCUGAAGAAAAACCAGAAGAGCAGAUUGAAGAGAAGCCUAAAGAAAAGAAAAAGAAAGUUGUUAAGAAAAAAGAAAAGCCAGAGAUCACUGAGAUUGGGCUUAAACCAGAGAAGAAGCACCCGAAGAAAUCCAGGAAAAAAGAAGAAGCACCUGAAGAAAUCCAGGAAGUGAGUGAAAUCAAGCAAGUUGAAGAGACAGUGGAAGAAAUCACCGAGUUUGACAUUAAGGUCGAGGAGCUUCCCAAACCAGAAGAGUGACUUGAUGUAACAGUUACAUCAGAAGAAAUACCUCAGCUUGAUGUCACACAAGCUAUUGAGAAGCCACUUGAACUGGAGAGCAUUGAAAAACCGGAAGAGAAACCUGAAGAAGCUCCUAAAGAAAAACCAGAAGAGCAGAUUGAAGAGAAGCCUAAAGAAAAGAAGAAAAAGAAAGUUGUUAAGAAAAAAGAAAAGCCAGAAAUUACAGAGAUUGAGCUUAAACCAAAAGAAGAAGCACCUGAAGAAAUCCAGGAAGUGAGUGAAAUCAAGCAAGUUGAAGAGACAGUGGAAGAAAUCACCGAGUUUGACAUUAAGGUCGAGGAGCUUCCCAAACCAGAAGAGGGACUUGAUGUAACAGUUACAUCAGAAGAAAUACCUCAGCUUGAUGUCACACAAGCUAUUGAGAAGCCACUUGAACUGGAGAGCAUUGAAAAACCGGAUGAGAAACCUGAAGAAGCUCUUGAAGAAAAACCAGAAGAGCAGAUUGAAGAGAAGCCUAAAGAAAAGAAGAAAAAGAAAGUUGUUAAGAAAAAAGAAAAGCCAGAGAUCACUGAGAUUGAGCUUAAACCAAAAGAAGAAGCACCUGAAGAAAUCCAGGAAGUUACUGAAAUCAAGCAAGUUGAAGAGGCAGUGGAAGAAAUCACCGAGUUUGACAUUAAGUCGAGGAGCUUCCCAAACCAGAAGAGGGACUUGAUAAAGAAAAGCCAGAGAUCACUGAGGAUUGAGCUUAAACCAAAAGAAGAAGCACCUGAAGAAAUCCAGGAAGUUACUGAAAUCAAGCAAGUUGAAGAGGCAGUGGAAGAAAUCACCGAGUUUGACAUUAAAAUCGAGGAGCUUCCCAAACCAGAAGAGGGACUUGAUGUAACAGUUACAUCAGAAGAAAUACCUAAGCUUGAUGUCACACAAGCUAUUGAGAAGCCACUUGAACUGGAGAGCAUUGAAAAACCGGAAGAGAAACCUGAAGAAGCUCCUGAAGAAAAACCAGAAGAGCAGAUUGAAGAGAAACCUAAAGAAAAGAAGAAAAAGAAAGUUGUUAAGAAAAAAGAAAAGCCAGAGAUCACUGAGAUUGAGCUUAGACCAAGAGAAGAAGCACCUGAAGAAAUCCAGAAAGUUACUGAAAUCAAACAAGUUGAAGAGACAGUGGAAGAAAUCACCGAGUUUGACAUUAACAUCGAGAAGCAGCAAAAGCCUGAAGAAGUAAUGAAUAUAACAACUACAUCCAAAGAAGCUCCUCAGCUUGAUGUUACACAAGUUAUUGAGAAGCCAGUUGAACUAGAGGUCAUUGAGAAGUCAGAAGAGAAGCCUGAAGAAGCGCUUGAGGAGAAAAUAGAAGAGAAGAUUGAAGAAAAGCCUAAAGAAAAGAAGAAAAAGAAAGCCGUUAGGAAGAAGGAAAUGCCUGAAGUUGAAGAAAGAGAACAGGUACCUAAACAAGAACUUCCAGAAGAGGUCUUGGAUAUUGGUGAAUUAAGAAUUACAAGAGAAGAACCACAGGUAAAGGAAUUCGAUCAGCUGGUAGAAAAGAUGCAAAAACCUGAGGAAGUUACAACUGACCAUGCUCCUGAAACGGAGCUUUCAGAAACUACAAAAAUUCCUUCUGAAAUAGACGAAGUUGAAAAGAAAGCAGUAGACGAAGUUAUUCCGAAGCUGCAAAAGAAGCCGAAGCAGAAACGCAAGCUCUCUAUAAAAGUUUUGGAUUCAGAAGACGAAACUACCUCACCCACUAGUGUUGACUUUAAGUUUAUAAAGCCAGUUCCAGAAGAACAAAUUAGUGAUGAGCCUGUAGAACUUGUUUAUGAAACACACAGAGAAGAGACAAUCGAUAUUGAAGUUACUUUAGAAAGCUUGCCCCAACCAACUAUUGAAGAAGUUGAAUCCAAACCUUUGAAGGAAGGAGAAGCCUUCGAAACACCCAAAGAGCCUGUAGUCUCUCAGGAAGCUCAAAUUCUUGAAGAAAUGGAUACUACUGAAAUAAGCAAAGAUGAAGUCCCUGUCAAACCCAAAACAAAGACUAUUAGGCCUAAAAAACUGGAAGCAGUUACUGUAGAUGAGGCUGAGCUUUUUGAGUCUGCAGUUGACUCAAGUGAACUGCCAGUGUUACAAGAAGCAUUGGCAUCAUCUAUGGAACUUCGUUUGGCGGAGGAAGCCACUCAAGAGGCACCAGAGGUUAUCUCUCGUCCUAAAGAUGAGCUUCUAAUUACAGAAAGAGUGGCGAGCUUUCUUGAUACUUUUGAAAGUGCAAAGCCCACUGAAGUGCAUGAAGACAGUUCUUUAUUAGAACAGGCUGUUACAACAACCUUAGUUCCUAGUGAGGUGCCAAGUGCAGAAAAACUUGAAGUCUCCGUGAAAGAAGGUGAGGAGCUGAUUACUUUAGAAAUGAAACUAUUUAGUGAUACAAUGGAGCAAGAGCAAGAACUACAAGUGGUAUUUGAAGAAACAAACGAAGCACUGGUUCCAACGAAGCCGUCCAUUUCAGAGCAACUGGAACUUACACCUAAGCGAAGAAGAAAAGUCCCAGAAAAGCCACAAGAUGAAGUUAUCCAAGAUACCACAGUUAGCACACCAGAAAAACUAGAGGAGACACCAAAGGCUGAGGAAAAACCAGAAGUUAAAGAGGAAGAGGCCAAGCCAGAAGAGAAGACUCCUGAAGAAAAGAGGCUUAAACAAAAGAAAAAACCUAAGAAGCCUAAAAUUACUGAGGUAGCACCUCAGGAAACUAAUAUCCUUAAGAAGCAAGAUGAAAUGCCAGAGGAGCUUCCUGAAAAGAUUACAGAAGUAGUCUCAGUUCCCAAAGAAGAAAAGCCAGAAGAGGUGCCAAAGCCAGAAGAGGCACCAGAAAAGGUGGAAGAAGUUAAGCCAGAAGAGGUGCCAAAGCCAGAAGAGGCACCAGAAAAAGUAGAAGAAGUUAAGCCAGAAGAAAGGGCUAUAGAAAAAGCAAAGAUUAAAAUUAAAAAGAAACCCAAAAAGCCCAAGGAUGCUGAGGAAGCACCUGAGCAAGCUAUUGUCCUCGAGAAGCCAGAGGAAAAACCAGAGCAGCUUCCUCAGGAGGUUACCAAAGAGGUCACAGUCCCCUUGAUAGAAAAGCCAGAAGAAGUGCCAAAGCCAGAGGAGGCACCAGAAAAGGUGGAAGAAGUUAAGCCAGAAGAGAAAGCUCCAGAAGAAGCAGAGAUUAAAAUUAAAAAGAAACCCAAAAAGCCCAAGGAUGCUGAGGAAGCACCUGAGCAAGCUAUUGUCCUCGAGAAGCCAGAGGAAAAACCAGAGCAGCUUCCUCAGGAGGUUACCAAAGAGGUCACAGUCCCCUUGAUAGAAAAGCCAGAAGAAGUGCCAAAGCCAGAGGAGGCACCAGAAAAGGUGGAAGAAGUUAAGCCAGAAGAGAAAGCUCCAGAAGAAGCAGAGAUUAAAAUUAAAAAGAAACCCAAAAAGCCCAAGGAUGCUGAGGAAGCACCUGAGGAAACCGCUGUCCUCAAGAAGGCAGAGGAAAAACCAGAGGACCUUCCUAAACAGGUUACGGAGGAGGUCACAGUCCCCUUGAUAGAAAAGGCAGAAAAGGUGCCGCAGCCAGAAGAAGCUCCUGCAGAACUCGUGAUUGAUGAGAAACCUGAAAUAGUUGAGAAAAAAGAAGUUAUAGAAGAGGAGUCUAAACUUACCAUAAAAAAGAAACCAAAGAAACCGAAAUUUAUGGAAGAGACACCUGAAGAAACUGUGACACUUGAGAAGACUGAGGAUAAACCAGAACAACAUCCAGAGGAAGUGACGAAGGAUGUCACUGUGACACUAGAAGAGAAGCCAGGGGAAACUCCUAAACCUGAGGAAGCUCCUGAAGAACUGACUGUUGAAGAGAAACCUAAACCAGUUGAGAAAAAGGAAGUUGUAGAAGAGGGGGCUAAACUUACUAUUAAAAAGAAACCAAAGAAACAGAAAUUCAUUGAAGAGGCACCUGAAGAAACUAUGACACUUAAGAAGACCGAAGAGAAACCGGAAGAACGUCCAGAGGAGGUGACAAAGGAUGUCACUGUGACACUAGAAGAGAAGCCAGGGGAAACUCCUAAACCUGAGGAAGCUCCUGAAGAACUGACUGUUGAAGAGAAACCUAAACCAGUUGAGAAAAAGGAAGUUGUAGAAGAGGGGGCUAAACUUACUAUUAAAAAGAAACCAAAGAAACCAAAAUUUACUGAAGAGGCACCUGAAGAAACUGUGACAGUUAAGAAAACCGAGGAGAAACUGGAAGAACGUCCAGAGGAAGUGACGGAGGAUGUCACUGUGACAAUAGAAGAGAAGCCAGAGGAAACUCCUAAACCUGAGGAAGCUCCUGAAGAACUGUCUGUUGAAGAGAAACCCAAACCAAAACCAAAGAAAUCGAAAUUCAUUAAAGAGGCACCUGAAGAAACUGUGACACUUAAGAAGACCGAAGAGAAACCGGAAGAACAUCCAGAGGAAGUGACGGAGGAUGUCACUGUGACACUAGAAGAGAAGCCAGAGGAAACUCCUAAACCUGAGGAAGCUCCUGAAGAACUGACUGUUGAAAAGAAACCUAAACCAGUUGAGAAAAAGGAAGUUGUAGAAGAGGGGGCUAAACUUACCAUUAAAAAGAAACCAAAGAAACCGAAAUUCAUUGAAGAGGCACCUGAAGAAACUGUGACACUUAAGAAGACCGAGGAGAAACCGGAAGAACGUCCAGAGGAAGUGACGGAGGAUGUCACUGUGACAUUAGAAGAGAAGCCAGAGGAAACUCCUAAACCUGAGGAAGCUCCUGAAGAACUGACUGUUGAAGAGAAACCUAAACCAGUUGAGGAAAAGGAAGUUGUAGAAGAGGAGGCCAAACUUACCAUUAAAAAGAAACCAAAGAAACCGAAAUUCAUUGAAGAGGCACCUGAAGAAACUGUGACACUUAAGAAGACUGAAGAGAAACCGGAAGAACAUCCAGAGGAAGUGACGGAGGAUGUCACUGUGACACUAGAAAAGAAGCCAGAGGAAACUCCUAAACCUGAGGAAGCUCCUGAAGAACUGUCUGUUGAAGAGAAACCCAAACCAGUUGAGAAAAAGGAAGUUGUAGAAGAAGAAGCUAAACUUACCAUUAAAAAGAAACCAAAGAAACCGAAAUUCAUUGAAGAGGAACCUGAAGAAACUGUGACACUUAAGAAGACCGAGGAGAAACCGGACGAACGUCCAGAGGAAGUGACGGAGGAUGUCACUGUGACACUAGAAGAGAAGUCAGAGGAAACUCCUAAACCUGAGGAAGCUCCUGAAGAACUGACUGUUGAAGAGAAGCCCAAACCAGUUGAGAAAAAGGAAGUUGUCGAAGAGGAGGCCAAACUUACCAUUAAAAAGAAACCAAAGAAACCAAAAUUUAUUGAAGAAGCACCUGAAGAAACUGUGACACUUAAGAAGACCGAGGAGAAACCGGACGAACGUCCAGAGGAAGUGACGGAGGAUGUCACUGUGACACUAGAAGAGAAGCCAGAGGAAACUUCUAAACCUGAGGAAGCUCCUGAAGAACUGACUGUUGAAGAGAAACCCAAACCAGUUGAGAAAAAGGAAGUUGUCGAAGAGGAGGCCAAACUUACCAUUAAAAAGAAACCAAAAUUUAUUGAAGAGGCACCUGAAGAAACUGUGACACUUAAGAAGACUGAAGAGAAACCGGAAGAACAUCCAGAGGAAGUGACGGAGGAUGUCACUGUGACACUAGAAGAGAAGCCAGAGGAAACUCCUAAACCUGAGGAAGCUCCUGAAGCACUGACUGUUGAAGAGAAACCCAAACCAGUUGAGAAAAAGGCAGUUGUCGAAGAGGAGGCCAAACUUAUCAUUAAAAAGAAACCAAAGAAACCAAAACUUAUUGAAGAGGCACCUGAAGAAACUGUGACACUUAAGAAGACUGAAGAAAAACCAGAAGAACAUCCAGAGGAAGUGAAGGAGGAUGUCACUGUGACACUAGAAAAGAAGCCAGAGGAAACUCCUAAACCUGAGGAAGCUCCUGAAGAAUUGACUGUUGAAGAGAAACCUAAACCAGUUGAGGAAAAGGAAGUUGUAGAAGAGGAGGCUAAACUUACCAUUAAAAAGAAACCAAAGAAACCAAAAUUUACUGAAGAGGCACCUGAUGAAACUGUGACACUUAAGAAGACCAAGGAAAAACCGGAAGAACGUCCAGUGGAAGUGGCGGAGGAUGUCACUGUGACACUAGAAGAGAAGCCAGAGGAAAUUCCUAAACCUGAGGAAGGUCCUGAAGAACUGACUGUUGAAGAGAAACCUAGACCAGUUGAGAAAAAGGAAGUUGUCGAAGAAGAGGCCAAACUUACUAUUAAAAAGAAACCAAAGAAACCGAAAUUCAUUGAAGAGGCACCUGAAGAAACUGUGACACUGAAGAAGCCAGAGGAACAGCCGGAAGAACAUCCAGAGGAAGUCACAGAGGAUGUCACUUUAACAUUAGAAGAAAAGCCAAAGGAAGCUCCAAAGCCUGAAGAAGUUCCUGAAGAACUGACAAUCAAAGAGAUGCCUAAACCUGUUGAGAAAAAGGAGGCUGUUGAAGAGGAGGCUAAACUUACCAUAAAAAAGAAACCAAAGAAACCAAAAUUCAUUGAGGAGGCACCUGAAGAAACUGUGACACUGAAGAAGCCAGGGGAACAACCAGAAGAACGUCUAGAGGAUGCCACAGAAGACGUCACUGUAAUAUUAGAAGAAAAGCCAAAGGAAACUCCAAAGACUGAAGAUGCUCCUGAAGAACUGACAAUUGAAGAGAAACCUAAACCUGUUAAAGAAAGAGAAGUUGUAGAAGAGGAGGCCAAACUUACCAUAAAAAAGAAACCAAAGAAACCAAAAUUCAUUGAAGGGGCACCUGAAGAAACUGUGACACUGAAGAAGCCAGAGGAACAACCGGAAGAACAUCCAGAAGAAGUCACAGAGGAUGUCACUGUAACAUUAGAAGAAAAGCCAAAGGAAGCUCCAAAGCCUGAAGAAGCUCCUGAAGAACUGACAAUCAAAGAGAUACCUAAACCUGUUGAGAAAAAGGAGGUUGUUGAAGAGGAGGCUAAACUGACCAUAAAAAAGAAACCGAAGAAACCAAAAUUUAUUGAAGAGGCACCUGAUGAAAGUGUGACACUGAAGGAGCCAGGGGAACAGCCGGAAGAACGUCCAGAGGAUGCCACAGAAGACGUCACUGUAAUAUUAGAAGAAAAGCCAAAGGAAACUCCCAAGACUGAAGAUGCUCCUGAAGAACUGACAAUUGAAGAGAAACCUAAACCUGUUAAAAAAAGAGAAGUUGUAGAAGAGGAGGCCAAACUUACCAUAAAAAAGAAACCAAAAAAACCAAAAUUCAUUGAAGAGGCACCUGAAGAAACUGUGACACUGAAGAAGCCAGAGGAACAACCGGAAGAACAUCCAGAGGAAGUCACAGAGGAUGUCACUGUAACAUUAGAAGAAAAGCCAAAGGAAGCUCCAAAGCCUGAAGAGGCUCCUGAAGAACUGACAAUUGAAGAGAAACUUAAACCUGUUGAGAAAAGGGAAGCUGUAGAAGAGGAGGCUAAACUUACCAUCAAAAAGAAACCAAAGAAACCGAAAUUCAUUGAAGAGGCUCCUGAUGAAACUGUGACACUGAAGAAGCCAGAGGAACAGCCGGAAGAACGUCCAGAGGAAGUCACAGAAGAUGUCACUGUAACAUUAGAAGAAAAGCCAAAGGAAGCUCUAAAGCCUGAAGAUGUUCCUGAAGAACUGACAAUCGAAGCGAAACCUAAACCUGUUAAAAAAAGAGAAGUUGUAGAAGAGGAGGCCAAACUUACCAUAAAAAAGAAACCAAAGAAACCAAAAUUCCUUGAAGAGACACCUGAAGAAACUGUGACACUGAAGAAGCCAGAGGAACAGCCGGAAGAGCAUCCAGAAGAAGUCACAGAGGAUGUCACUGUAACAUUAGAAGAAAAGCCAAAGGAAGCUCCAAAGCCUGAAGAAACUCCUGAAGAACUCACAAUCGAAGAGAAACCUAAGCCAGUUGAGAAAACGGAAGUUGUAGAAGAGGCCCAGCUUACUAUUAAGAAACCACGGAAGCCAGGACUUCAUGAUGAGUUACCUGAAGAGAUUCCAACAAUUACUUUAAGAAAAAGAACUUCAAAACCUCAAGCUCUUGAUGAUAUUAGUGAAAUGUUUACAGUGUCUCUCAAAGAAGAGGCUCCUGCAGCAAGACAGUAUGAUGAAGUUGAAGAAAUGUUUGAACUGAAGAUCCCCCAUAAACUUAGUGCCGCAGAUUCAGAUGUUUCUUUAAAGAUAGAAGAUGAGGAUCAGGCUACAACAGAGGAUACUAUUCACCUUGAUCUUACUUCCAAAGAAGACCAGCACACAGUGACAGAAGCUUCAGACGAAGUAAAGAUUGUCCUUCAAGAGCCUCAAGGUGAUGAAGAGGAUACUGAAAUAAUUGAAUAUGUGGCAAUCACUACCUACAUCACAGAAGAGGAAGAUGGCUUAGACCUUGAGGAAGGUGAGCAUGUUAUUUUAGUGGAACAAAAAACUGAGGAACGAUGGCUUGUACGAAAGACUAUCACGAAAGAAAAAGGAAUAGUUCCAAAGUCCAUCUUAGAAGAUGUUGCUUCUUACAAUCGCCUUCUGGAUCAAGUUUUGGAAGAAAAAAUAGGCAAACUACCUGUAUUUGGGAAACUAUCUCCGGGUGAAAAAAUGACCGCACCAAAAUUCGUUGAAAGGCCCAAGCCAACAGAAGUUGAAAAGGGACAGCCGGCAACAUUUCAGUGCAAAGUACAGGGUAACCCACGGCCAUAUGUCACUUGGUUUAAGCAGACGAAAAUCAUAAAGUCAACAACAGAAUUUGAGAUUUAUUAUGAUGAAGAAAAUGUCAGCACCCUUGUCAUUAAUGAAGUCUUCCCAGAAGAUGCAGGGACAUACACUGUGGUUGCCAAGAACCCAGCAGGCUUUGCAUCAUGCUCAGCUGACUUAACAGUUCAAGAAUUCAUCAGUGAGCAGACAAUUUCCAGACGCACAGUAUCGAGGUCAUCAUCAUUGCUGGAUAUACUGGCGGAAGGAAUUCCCCCAAUUUUUUCAUCACCUUUACGGCCUCACUUGAGGGUUGAUGAAGGAAGCACACUAACUCUUGUCAUAAAGGUUACUGGAACUCCUGAGCCAGAGGUAACUCUCAAAGUGAAUGAUAAAACCCUCAAAGAGAAAGACGAUAAGCGAUUCUCAGUCACAAAAACGAAAGAGGAUCAUAAUUUUAUAAAUGUGACAUUUGUCUUAAAAGAUGUGAAACCAGGUGAUGCAGGUACAUACGAAGUCACAGCUGAAAACUGUGAAGGGACUGUAACAAACCACAUUGAUGUGGAAGUUAUAGAAAAGCCUAAGGAAGAGCAAGAACCGCCCAAAUUUACUCAGACUUUCAGUGAUACUGUGGUUACAGAAGAAGAAACUGUAAAAUUAAUUGUGAAGUACACUGGAAAACCAAAACCCACUGUGACCUGGUACAGAGAUGACAAACCCAUUCGUGAAGACAGCACAAAAAUUAUAAUUCAGGAGGAUGAGUCGACAUCGACGCUUGAGAUACCCAAGUCUGAUGUCACUGAUACUGCAAAGUACACAUGCACUGCAUCUAACCCUGCAGGCGAAGUCACGCACACUGCAAAGGUGACUGUACAAGAACCAAACCUCACAUUUGUGGAGAAGCUUCAAGAUAUAGAAGUGAAAGAAAACCACGUGGCCAUGUUUGUGACAAAAACAAACCGUCCAGUUGAUCACGUCACUUGGUGCAAAGAUGGAGAGCCAAUCAAACUCGAUGAGCCACAGGACAAAUACCAAGCAAUAUCCGAAGGCCCUUACCAGAAGCUUGUGAUCAAGAAUGCCAGUAUCAGAGAUGAAGGUGAAUACACAUGCGUACUGGGAGACGAGGAGACAUCAGCAGACUUGGUUGUCAUUGAACUGCCUCCUGAGAUAACCACAUUUUUGACGGACCAAACUGUCGCAAAGGAUGACACUGCUCAAUUUUUCAUUGAACUGACCAAAGGUGAUGCAUUGGUUCGUUGGUUCAAGGAUGGGAAAGAGCUGCAGUUCAGUGAUCGUGUGAGACUAAAAAUUGAUGGGAAGCGGCAAGUUUUAGUAAUUAAAAAUUCUGUUCUCCAAGAUGCUGGUCGCUAUACUUGCAAAGUUGGUGAUCAGUCAUGCAGUGCUCGUCUCACUGUUGAACCCCCCUCUGUUGAGUUUACCGCAAGGCUGCCAGAAAAAACAACUGUGCCUCAAGAUACGGAUGCUGUAUUUGAGGUGGCUUUGUCACAAGCAGAUGUUGAUGUUGUCUGGAUGAAGAAUGGAAAGCCCAUUCCAAUGGACCAACGUUUCAAAUUUAUUAAAGAGGAAAAGGUCAGGCGACUUGUGGUACCAUGUGUUGACAAAGAUGACACUGCUGAAUACACAUGCGUGGCAGGAAAUGUCAAGACCUCUACAAUACUUCACGUUGAAGAUGCUGAUGCGGAAUUCACUCUACGACUGCAUGACGUGAUUGUCCGUGAAAGUGAUACUGUGACAUUACUUGUUGAGGUGUCACGAGAAACACUUGAAGUCAGAUGGAUGAAGGACGGUGACUUAAUCCAACCAUCUGAAAAGGUCGUUGUUACAACAGAAGGAAAAAGUAGGAAGUUAAUAAUACGUGAGAGCUCAAUAGAUGAUCAGGGUGUCUACUCUUGUGUUCUAAAGGACAAGAAGUGUUCAUCAUCUGUUCUUGUUCACGCACCUCCAAAGAUUACCACAGACAAGCAAACCUUCUCAAGCAGAAAAGGAACAACGUUGAAACUUCCCAUACCCUACAGUGGCAUUCCCCAACCGGCAGCAACAUGGAAAUUGAAUGGACAACCACUAGAGCCAGUCAAGAACAAGAUCAUCCAAGAAAUUUCACCUCAAGAGGCAACUCUGACGAUAAAAGACUUACGGCCCACAGACACAGGAAUUGUGACACUCACUCUCAGGAAUUCUUGUGGUGAAUGCAGCAAACCGUUUAAUGUCACAUGUAUUGAAAAGCCCGGCCCACCUGGGGUGCCUGAGCCUUCAGAUAUAUCGAGCACUGGCUCGCUUAUGUUGUCCUGGAAGCCACCACAAUCUGAUGGAGGUUCUAAGAUCACAAAUUACAUUGUAGAGUAUCAUGAUCGAAAUACGCUUCGUUGGAUACUCUAUUCUGACACCGUUCAGGACACCUUCACAAAAGUGGAGGGCCUAUCACCUGAUGAAGAGUACAUGUUCCGUGUCACAGCUGAAAAUGAAGCUGGGAAAGGUGAUCCUUCUCAAGGCACUAAGUAUAUUCGUAUUCAGCCGAAAGCUGGGGAGCCACCAGUAAUUUUAGAACAUCUGAUGGACAAGACUGUUGGAGUGAAAAAACCAGCCGAAUUAACUUGCAGAAUAGCUGGGAACCCUACACCCGCAGUCAAAUGGCUUAAAAAUGGCAAAGACCUGGUCAUGAUUAGCAACUUUAGCGCUGAAUUCAAGGAUCAGAAAGCUACACUUCGAAUCAAGGAAGCAUCUACAAAAUCAGGAGGAAAGUACACAUGUAAAGCAACAAACCCGCACGGCUCCACGGAAACAACAUGCACGCUAUCUGUUCAAGAUCCACCACGGGCAGAAUUCGAUGAAAAACUUCGAACUGUCCGUAUCAAUAAGCAAGAGGAAUUCAAGGUUCCCUGCAGAAUUUAUGGAUUUCCAAAGCCUACUGUCACAUGGUUACGUGAUGGAGCACCUAUUCAAUCAACCAAGCAUACACUCAUUACAGACAAGGAUGAUACUUCUACCAUUACCAUUCAUAGUACAGAGGGUCCAGAUUCUGGUGUUUAUACACUUGAACUAAAGAAUCCAGCUGGAAGCGUCAGCUAUGACUUCAGGCUCAGGGUGCUUGACAAGCCAGGUCCACCCGAACCACCAAUUGAAUUCCUGGAAACUGCUGGAGACCACAUCACACUGUCAUGGCAACCACCGCUGGAUGAUGGAGGGUCGCCCCUUACAACGUACAUAGUAGAACACUGCGAGACUACAAGAACAGUGUUUAUUGAGGUUGGUAGAACACAGCCAGACACCACCACAUUCAGAGAUCCUGAUGUGACUGAAGCAAGCGAGUACCUCUACAGGAUCUCAGCUGCCAAUGAAUAUGGCAUCAGCACGCCUCUCACUUCAGAACCUGUAGUGGCUCGAUGUCCAUACGAUAAACCAUCCGCACCAGAAGGUCCACUGAAGACUGCAAAGAUGACGGACACUUCAUUGGUAUUGGCAUGGCAGAAGCCAUUGUCUGAUGGUGGACGCCCAAUAAUCGACUACACAAUUGAAAAACGUGAGGCCACUAAGAAGGCCUGGAUUAAAGUUGGGACAACAGAGAGCUUGUCCAUGGAAGUUUCAAACCUCAAAUCAGACAAUGCGUAUAUGUUCCGAGUGACAUGUCGCAACGAAAUAGGCAGCAGUCCACCACUUUCAAGUGAUGAGCCAAUAACAGUCCAUGCCCAGAUACAGCCUCCAGAUGCACCCUCCGCUCCCCUUCACAUCUAUGAUGUAACAAACAAAACUGCAACACUCACAUGGAGCCCGCCUGCAUUUGAUGGGGGCUCUCCCAUCAUCGCCUACAUUGUAGAACAUCUCAGCGAGGACGAGGCAAUUGGUGACGCACCAAAGUGGGUGACUGUUGCCAAUGUAGAUGGAGGAACGACGACGCAUCGUGUUGCGAGCUUGAGUGACAAAACCAGGCAUCGAUUCCGAGUUCGUGCCGAAAAUGUUGCUGGUACCGGGCCACCUCUUGAAGACAGUGGUGAAUGGCAGGCACUACCAGCAGCAGCCGACCGCCCAACUCCACCCACAGCACCUCUUGAGAUACUGGUGACUGGUCCAAACUCAAUGGAUGUUUCAUGGGGACGCCCUGAAUGGGAUGGUGGGUCUCCACUCCUUGGCUACACUGCAGCCCUCAGAGAUACAUCACGGACAAUGUGGAUGGAGGUUGGCCAAGUAGAUUCUGAAACUCUACGUCUUCACAUCAAGGACCUCGAGGAAGGGGCGCAGUACCAUGUGCGCAUCCUGGCUCGAAAUGAUGUGGGCUUCUCGGACCCACUUGAAUCAGAGGAGCCCAUAACUAUUUUACGACCGCCAGGGUUCCAAGAUCAAGCUGCGGCCUCACCUGAGAAGAAGCCAAAGGCAAAGCCCGAUGAAACGUCUGAGGACAGCUGCACAACUCAGACAACCUCAUCGUGGAUAAGGGAGGCCAAUGUUGAGCCCCUGCUUCACAGUUACACCAAACAUGUGUUGGUCAGCCGCAAUGAGUACUUCUUUAGGUUGUGGCACUAUGCUGACACACUUUUUAAGUAAGAUAAAAACAUUACUUGUUCCGUCAGUCCAUACACCCUGCACCUUUUCAUUCACAUAUGUGUGUUCCAAAACACAGAACUAAAUUUGGUAAAAAAAGGAAAAGUUACGUAAAAGCUAAUUUAAAAAUACAAUACAGCAAAAUAUGACAUAAAACUAACAUUUACUUGAACACUGCGGGACAUCAUGCUGUGAUGUAACUAAGGUGCACCACAUAUCAUACAUUCUCCUUGUAAGCUUGUAUAUUUCUUUGAUUAAGUUGAGACAUUUUUGUACUAUAUGAAGGGAAAAAAUAACAUAAUGAGUCAUUUUGUGAUACAAAGACUGCAGGCAGCUCAUGACAGCAGUUUGCAGUAUGACGUAAAUAAGCAGUGAAUCCUUGCCUGUGUUUCAAUGAAUUCAAGAUGCAAGGAACACUGAUUUAUUUGUUGUGGUGACAUUCAUUGAAGCUGAAACUGGUACAAAGCUACGGUAAUCCUCACGGGUUGAAUAUUAGCCCGACUGUAAUUUUGUGUCAAUUUCACAUUUGCUUUCAUUUAUUGUGACAGUGUAAGACUGUUUGUUAGUUGAAUUUUGUUGUUUGUGAAUAAAAGUUGUGUUGUUACCAAAACCAAAA